CAUUUUUGCACAUGUGAGCUGUACGGAUGUAAGUAGUGGGAAUUAGAUGGUUCGAGUCGGUAUAAAGGAUAAUUUUAAUUAAUAAGGAGACAUGGGUAAUGGUAAAAUAUGUUUCAUUUGGUAUAUAUACAUAGUAGCAGGAAGUACCUCCUAUAUUUCCCUUUGUAAACCUUCAAACUAUAUUCCUGAAUGUGUCACAUGGCUUCAGAGCAAUAAGUAUCAUAGUGCUUGAUAAACUACGGAAAACGGAUCUAGAAAUUGAUACGUGCGGACGAUAUACGGUGGUCCUAAACUAUAUUUUAAUCUCCUAUAUGGUGAUCAGUAGGUCAAGGAGUGCUGAAACAGCCCAAUCCCUAAAUCAUACCUCCAGUCACACCCCAUUAGAUGUAAGUGUCACUCUUUGGCCAUUUGAAAUAUUGGCUCUUGUUUUUUUGAUACUGGGAAGCAAAUUUUGGUGAGAUUAAGGCAGUUGUAGGCAUAAAUCUACUGCUAAUCCUUAAUGGCUUUCUAACCCCACUGCACAUGGAUCUGUCUGCUUGCUGUACUUCUCUCAGCCCCAAAUUGUAACCCUAACCUCUUGUGUCAAAUUAUCUGCUUUUUCUCCCACCCAUUAAUUUAAGCCCAAUUUUCUAGUUUCUGGUCUUACAACAGUGGAGAAGGCAGGUUUGAGAAGCUGGGUGGGCAUAAACCUGAGAGGGUGCAAUAUCUCAAGCGUCUGGAUAAUUUUCAAGCAUAUGAAAGUUCAAUGUAAGGUUAUUUUUCUUAAUAUGCAAGCUGUAAAAUGCCCAGAUUUAGCAAAAAUUAAACACAAGUAAACCUGCUCUGCUUACAUCUCUAUUAAAGGACCACUAUAGUGCCAGGAAAACAUACUUGUUCUCCUGGCACUAUAGUGCCCUGAGGGUGCCCCCACCCUCAGGGACCCCCUCCCACCCGGCUCUGGGGAGAGGAAAGGGUUAAAACUUACCUUUUUUCCAGCGCCGGGAGCUCUUCUCCUCCUCUCCUCCCCUUCGGCUGAAUGCGCACGUGCGGAAAGAGCUGCGCACGCAUUCAGCCGGUCUCAUAGGAAAGCAUUUACAGUGCUUUCCUAUGGACGCUUGCGUCUUCUCACUGUGAUUUUCACAUUGAGAAUCACGCAAGCGUCUCUAGCGGCUGUCAAUGAGACAGCCACUAGAGGAUUUGGAGGCUGGAUUAACCCAUUUAUAAACAUAGCAGUUUCUCUGAAACUGUUAUGUUUCUAAAAAAAAAAAAAAAGGGUUACUCCUAGAGGGACCUGGCACCCAGACCACUUCAUUAAGCUGAAGUGGUCUGGGUGCCUAGAGUGGUCCUUUAAGCUUCCAUUUCUGAUUGGAAACAAGCAUUUGAAAUCUUCAUGCACAAGCGAUAUCUUAAACAAAUGCUACCUAGCAAUGAUGCUCUUUCUCCUCAAUGUUUUUUAAAGUAAUGAAAUGUACUAUGCAUAUUUAUGAUCAUUAUGUCUGCUGCUUUUUUGUUAUGGCCCCAAUGGUAAGUGGCCUUGAUGUGUUCCUCACUUCACAAUACAAUUGCUGCAUGCAAUCUAAACUAAAGCAUUGCAUAUUGUCAGUUUCUGUAACGUGCAAUUUGCAUGCAUCUUGAAGUUGUUAAAAUGUGUUUUUGUGGAAAUUCAUUGGCUUAGGGCAGGGGUGCCCAAAAUGUAGUUUCCUGGAUGUUGUAUAACUACAACUCCCAUGUUGAUUUGAAUGCAUUUAGAAUGGCAAAGUAUCAUGAUGGAAGCUGUAGUUUUACAUCUGCAUGGGUGGAAAACAGUAGAUCUCCCAGACGUUGUAGAACUGCAACUUUUAUGAUGCUUUGUCAUCCUAAACCAAGCAUAUGCAACCUUCGGCAUGCCAGAUGUUUUGGACUACACCUCCCAUGAUGCUUUGUCAGCAUUAUGUGUGUAAGAGCAUUAUGGGGAAUGUAGUCCACAACAUCUGGAGUGCUGAAGGUUGCCUAUCCCUGUUCUAAAUGCUGGCAAAGCAUCAUGGCAGUUGUAGGGACCUACCUUUUACGAGCCCUUUCAUAUCCAUGACUAAUUAUGGUUGAUUAAAUUGGCAUUACAGUAUUUGUGGGUUUAAUUUCCUUAUCAGUAACUUAAUUUCUUUUUCUCUAUUUCUGUCAUUAGGAAUUAAAGAAUACAAAUUAUGGAAGAAUUGUUUCAUGACCAAUCUCUCCUACGUGAUCAAGUGAAAAAGAAUUUAAAAUCACCCGUCAAUGGUAAGAGUAAGAGUAGAAGUAGUGCUUCUGAAACACCAAAACAAAAAUGGAAAAAUAAACAAAGAAGUGAUUUUGGGGAUCAAACAAAGGCUUUACGUGUACGUGACUCUAUGGUUGAUCCUACAGACCUUGAAAGAACGUUGGAUUCUUCAUGGAGGGAAGAGGGCACACACAGGGCAGAUAUGGAUUCUUUGUCAUGGUAGUUUACCCCAACUCGCAAGAUUUAGUCCAACAAUUGACAAUAUAGAGCAGAUACGUCUUACCGGACCUUAGAAUGGCUGGACUCGCCGUAGAGCAGAGAAAGACAGAGUUAGGACCGAGCCGAGGUCAAGAGAACAAAGAGACAGCGAAAACAAGAACUAGCCAAAGUCUGGUACACCGUAAUCAGUAAGCCGGCAAACAGGACAAAACAGGGAUAAAGAGAUAAACGGAGUCAGAUACAAAGCCAAGGUCAAGCAUGAAAAAUCACAACUGAACACAACAAGCGCUAAAGGGAACUGAAACAGAAACCACGAUAGGGCAGGGAGUUAAGGGAGAGGUAAGUAUAAAUACCCUAGCCUUUAAUUUGAUUGGCCCCUGUCAUAUCCACGCCCCCAAAAUGUGAGUGUAUGGGGAAUGUGAGAUGACAAUGGGAGACCGUUGUACAUUUCGGCUCCCACUGUCCCUUUAAGAGCGUGCCCUCUUAGAGCUAGGCGGGACAAGUGACCGCUUUCAUCUGAGCGAGUUGCGCGUGGCGGGAAUAGAGGACCUCGGCCGGCCCCCGGAUAAGGUAAGUACCGCUACAUUCUUCUAAUGCAGACCAGGAGAUCACAUCCACUUCUAUAGGUAAAAUUACAGACAUUCUCUUUCAAAAGAUUCAAGAUAUCACUGGAGUCUGCAGAUGGUCAGUUACAUUCUUUCUGUAUGUGCUAAUCUGCAAGUUAGUGGCAACGCUCUGACGGCCGCGGGACUCGCAAGAUUUACACAGGAGAGCUGAAGGGAGCUGCUUGGAAGGUAACAGCUUACUGAGCCCCCCAGGACCGCCUGGCUUGUAAUUGCGGUCCUGGUAUGUAUUAUCGGCAAUAUCAGUAUCUCUAUUGGCUGAUACCGAUAUUGCCGAAAAUAUCGAAUAUCGGCUGAUAAUAUCGGUAAAACCGAUAAUCGGUCGAUCCCUAGUACAAACCUACUGAUGUGCUGCAGAGAAAUUUAUUUCGGGUAAAGCCUGUAUUUGCCUCCAUUAGCUAUAGCCAGUAAGUCUUCUUUCAGUAGUGGGGAAAGUAAUGGAAACCAUGUUAAAGGAUAGGAUUGUUGAAAAUCUAAAAUCACAUGGAUUUCAAGAUCAGAGACAACAUAGGUUUACUUCAGGGAGAUCAUGUCAAAUUAAUCUUAUAGAUUAGUUUGACCCAUCCCUUCUUCUAGUGACACCCAUCAUGCCCUAUCUUUGGUUAAGUUAAUUUGUGACAGCACUGAAAAAUGGGCUGCAUUGUAGUGAGUAAACCAAUGCGGCCCUUAAAGGCCCUCUGACCCGUUAACUUAUGUAAUAAAGAUUUCUGACAUCUGCAUGGAUAUUGUUUUAAUUCCCAUGACAAAAUUGAGAACAACUACUUUCAGUCUCAGUGGAGUCUUAUUGACAGUGUUAUGGAAGAAAGUGACAAGAGCCAGGAAUUUAAAAGGUUACUCCAAGCACUAUGAUCACUUCAGUCAUUCAGUCAUUAUGCUUGGUGUAUGCAUGUACAUCAUUUAUUUUUAAAACUCUGCACUUAUAGCGUUAAAGCACUUUGCUGCCGGAGAUGUAACACCAAUGUUGUUUGGCUGCCUUGAAUUAGAUUUUUGCUAAAGAUUUGGCAAAUUAUAUCAUAAUGCAGUUAAGGCUAGCAUAACUGGGACGAACAUUGCAAAUCAGGAGGAAAAACAGAAAUAUUAUUUAAUGUAUCCAUCUCUUUGUAUGAUUUGACAGUGUGUUGACUCACAGGUGCAAAAGAUAGAGCCUCUAACCACGACUUACAUGGAGCUACAUGGAGGCACCCAGUUGUAGGAUAAACAGCAGUGGAUUUCUACAAUGAACUGUAUUUUUUACACUUCACAAAGUAAACCUAAUAUUAGGUUUUAUAUAUUUUGAUGGCUAAGCCAGCGCUGCCAGGGUUCAAAAAGUUGACAUUUACCUUCAGCCCUCGCUGCGCUGGUCUCCUCCGUGUAGACUGCCUGUUUAUCUGAGAUCAUCAAUGUUGGCGGCUAGUGCGCAUGUGAAGCAAAAAUGCUCUAGUGGCUGCACAUCAGACAGCCACUGGAGGCUCUUCUCUUUCAAUUGUUGAAGGUGUUCACAUUUAAAUGUCAUGAUGACGCCAAACACAAUUGAAUCUCCUCCAUAGAGAAGCAUUAUAAAGUGAUGACAGAAGGGCCCUCAAUGCUUUUCUAUGGAGAAACAGUGGAUUGGCCAGAGUUCAUCUUACUGGAUGGAUAAGAACUUCUAAAGUAAACACACUGCUGUAAGAUCUGAUUAAAAAUGAAAAAAAAAAAUGUAAUUGAGGCUGCAUGAGUCACAGCCAGGGAAGGUGUGUCUAGUGCUGCAUGAACAGAAACAAAAAUUAUUUAAUUCCUAACUGGCAGACAAUUGAACAGUGAGACUGUAGGGGCUUGAUAUAUACAACAAAUCACACAGAGUAGCACUUUAAAUAUAGUUGUUGAUGCUUGUAUAUAGUGUUGUGGAUAGUUGUUUUGUGAUAUAUUUUUAUAUUUUCAGUGUUCCGUUAUUAUUAAGAUGGAAAAAAGGUGACUUUUUUUGGUUUCUUGUUAGGGGACUCCACUUACUCUGUAAAGAAAAAAAAGAAGAAAAAGAAACGCCACGCAGAAGACAUGGAGAAUUACAGCUUUGUAGCUUCCGACGUCAAUGAAAAUAUACAUGAUUGGCCACAUGAGAGCACGGCGCAAAACCUGGAAACCACCCAUGAUGAGUCUCAGGUGACACAGAGUGCCAAAAAACGCAAGAAAAUAAAACAUCCUGAGUCAUCUACCACUGAUUUUAUUGAACCGGAGGAGUCAGAGAACACAGCUGGUAAUGAACAAGAUUCUUCUACUACAAAUGAUCAUCAACGUGCUAAGCUAGACCUUCCAGAUGAUGCUGCCCUCAGGUGAGGAAUAUGUAAUUGGUUGUUUUCAAACCUGGUUGAUUCAGUUCUGUUCGAAGUUAAAGAUGAUCUGUGCAGAUUUAUACGUCACUAUGGAUUGUUAUGUUGUAGCACCAUUAGCGCUGUGCACUAUUUGGGUGCACAUUGGAUAUUCUAUUCCAGAGCAAGCCCUUUAACCCUAUAUUUUAAAGGAACACUAUGCAGCAUUACUGCUUUAACUCACUGUAGUGAUUUGGAUGUCUAAAGUCCCUGCACAGUCUCCUGGUUUAAUGUCAAACAAUUUAAGAUUGGUUUACGAUAACUGAUGCUCUUCCCGGCAUUCUACUCAGACACCUCAGUAUUCACUGAUGCUGGGCUAACCUCCCCCCCUCCCUCUCGGCCUGCAAGUGUCAGAUAUUUUGGAAGAAAUUGACAAUGAUAAUGCAGAUGUGUUCAUUCAAUAUUAUAAAUUUGUCCAAUAUGGGCGCAGGGAAGAUCUUCGGCUUGUAUCCUACCUUUCCUAAACAGUGUUUAUUAUUAAACUUGGGGACAGCACCAGGGCAUUUUAGGCACGCUAACCACGAGAACAAGCUAGUAACAGGUUGCAUUUUUUUCUUUCUUAAAGGGACGCUGUAGGCAUUAUAACCAUUUCAUCUCAUUGAAUUGGUUUUAGUGCCCGGAGUUCCCUGGCACUGUCCCUUCAUUCAGUGUUAAAUUGUUUUUAAGCACUUUAACACUAAAUGAGGUUCCUUGGCCCACCCAUAGUCAAGUGGCCCCUGCUGGAGGUGUGGCUAAGGUAGAAAUUACACACUUCUAUGUUCGUUCUAUGUUUCUAUCAGGAAGUAUUACUUUACUGAGAGGGUAGUGGAUGCAUGGAAUAGCCUUCCAGCUGAAGUGGUAGAGGUUAACACAGUAAAGGAGUUUAAGCAUGCGUGGGAUAGGCAUAAGGCUAUCCUAACUAUAAAAUAAGGCCAGGGACUAGUGAAAGUAUUUAGAAAAUUGGACAGACUAGAUGGGCCGAAUGGUUCUUAUCUGCCGUCACGUUCUAUGUUUCUACUUCCUUGUAGCCAUACUAAUACGUACCAGCGAUGGUGGCUGUGAUAGGCUGGAAGUAGUCGGCUCUCAACAAAUCACUGUCGCCCAUUGUUGCUCCGGUUAAUGCUAAUGCUUCUUGCCAGUCGGCAGUAAAACAGACUUUUUUAGUCUUGCAGAAGCAUCCCAUCUUACUCUUGAUACAGCUGCCUGACAGCUCAUCUGUCUUCAAUUUGUAGCCCAGCCAACCAGUUGCAAAUAUUGCUGGCAAUCAUUGCUAGUGCAGAGAGAUUACAGAUUUAAAAUGUACAUGGAGUUAAAGAAACAUUAGUCUGUCUGCCUACCGAUCUCUCAAAGGAGAGCGCUCACAGGUCUUUUUCUUGAAAUUUUUCGCUACUUUAUUUGAUGCAGAUAGGUGCAAUUUACUGCCAGAUCAAUGUUUAAAUCCUCAUUCGAGACGAUUAUGAAGAUAACCAUAUUGUGCACAGCAGUGUUUAAAUAGGAUGCCGAAACGAAAGCUAGGGUGGGACAACUGGUGACUGAAAUUGAGGGUGAGAUUGCAAGUGGAAGAGGGACUGAGAACGUGAGGGCAGGAUGUUGGGCAGUUUUGUUCGAAAUGUUAACUUAUGUUUCUGAAACUGUAAAAUGUAACCAGCAGGGUUUUUAUUUGCAAGUCUACUGGGACAACAUCUAUACCCCAAAAUAACUUUCUUUAUAAAGAGCAAUUCUGGGGAAAGAGCUUAAAAAUUGAGUGUUUACUAUGGAAACCAAUGAAGAGCUUUGUUGGUUACUUUUAUUGUAGUUCUAUUCAGCAAUACUACAAUCACUAAACUUAAUGCAAUUCCCUCCCCCCAAUUCCAGAGAAUACCUUAAAGAUCCUGUCUCUGUAAAGAAGAAGAAGAAACGCCGUGCGGAUGUGGAGAAUAGCGGCUUUGUUCACAGCCACAAUGGUGACCAUGUUAAUGAAACCAUACAUGAUGGGAGUAUGGCACUAAACUCGGAAGCAGACUCUCAGGUGACACAGAGUGCCAAAAAACACAAGAAAAAGAGAGUUUGUACAUCGGAGGAUAUGGAGAAUACCCACAUUGGUAAUGAAACCAUACAUGAUUGGCCAGGUGGGAGCCCAUUAGUGUUGAAUGCCUGUGAGAUAAGUUUAACUGUGUUGUGCGAGAAUUUUUAACUUAAGGUGGCAAAAAGAGGCGAAGGCCAUAAGUGGUGAAACCUCAAACCAGCUAUCUAAGUGAUGGUCCGACAAGAAACGUAUUGUAUAAGUGGAAAACCCUGGAGCAAGCAUGUUGAGUGCUGGUGGACAAGGCCAGUUUUGUCAGAGCCCGGCUAUGUUGGCGAGGUUCAUGUAAUCCAUGACCUUGACCAUAAAUGACCCCGCCGUGGCAGCUGCACUCCAACCGACACCAUCAGCACUGCAGACCCCACUUCCAACGAUGCAGCUGCGCCGGGGUCUCGCUGUCUCCACCCACCCUGGACCCAAGGCCAGGAUCCAGCUUCCAGUCGGUGAACUUCUCUUUCCCCAGAGAGUAGGAACAGGAACAAGCUCUUAGCAGAGCUUAGUGAUCAUACCCUGGGGAGUAUAGUGAUUAUAGCAAUCCCCAGAGUGUAGUUCUCCCAUUCCGCAAACAUGAGCCAAGGCUUCAAGAAAGGUACAAGAUGAUCUGGUUUUAAUGACCACAUACUGGCUUUUAUGCAAGUCCCCAUGCAAGGGGACAUCCCACAGGGUGGGACACAGUACAACCAAUCGUUUACAGGAAAACCGUAAAUCACACCCAGCACCAACAUACAAUCCCUCCCCUCUGCCUGUGAUAUAAUUACUGAACACAAUGGGUUAAUGUAAUUUAUCACAGGCAGGAAAAAUACACUUUUUACACAUACUGUAAUUUUAAAAAUAUGCAUCAUAUUCACAUAAAACAUACAUAUUCAGAAUCAGCAUAUCAGCACCAAAAAUCAUGCAAAUCCUUCCAUUAGUUCAAAAGUUAGUCAGAAGUCCUUUGUGACCAAAUGAAGCAUGGCGUUUCUGCCCAAAACCAGUUCCUCAGUCUUCUAUCCUGGAGAUAAUUGGGAAGUAAUCCAAUUAUUUCCAAGGACAGAGGCAAAACUCCAUUGAACACAUGGCAGCAAAAGACAAUAAAAUACAUAAAACUAUAUAACUGUGCAGCCAUUGCAUAAAACAGGUACAUUCAACAUAUCCCAGAUAGCUCAGAUCUGAGCGCACAUUAUUACUGAAUGGCGUUCAGAUCACACACAUACAGUUCAAUUGCCAUGGAGCCAAAGUCUUUCCCAUAGUCUUUCAUUAUACGAAUGGGCUCCAUGGCAUUGCUAUCUGGGGUAUCACCACUCAAACAGGGCAAGCACCGAAUGACCCGGCUUUUGUGUCUUUGCAGGGGAAAAUCCAGCGUUUCAACAUGGGGCCAUAGUCUAAAGGCAAGAGGCUGGCAAGUAGUCCUCUCCAGGCACAAGUGGCGAGGUUAAUUUCGCCACAGUAGGGAUUGUAGUUCCAUGCGGUUGCAAGUACCAAGCAGGAGGUGGUAAUUGGCGUUGUUGCGACUGUUCCUAUUUCUCACGAACAUCUUGUGUUCAACAAAUAUAUUGAAGAUUGUGGGCUGCUCUUGACCCGAAAGUUAAGCGGGAGAAGAAAUAUAUAACUGCUGCCGAUAAAUGCCCUGUAAGUGCCAGUGUAGGGUGGAUGGGGGCAGUCUGACAUACGUUUGUGAUUUCAGUUUUACUUAACCAGGCUUCCCCGCUUGAGUGAUAGCUGUAAUGGUAUGAACAAUGGUGGCAUACUGUAGUGAAAACUCCUUGGAGGGUAUGAGGGAGUUGAGACUUGGGGUAGCCGAGGCGUGAGGUGCAGAUAAGUCUAUGAUCAGUUACAGUGUGAGGAAAGAUUCCCUGUGACAAUCCCAAUGGGACUGCACCACGCUGUAAAUGGUGUAGAUCGGAGAGGCCCAGGUAGAAAUCUUUCUGCCAUUUCUUGGGCCAUGAGUGUAAUUCCAGCUGUUGGAUGCUGCUGUGAUGACUGCAAGUUAGGGCAUUCUAGAUUCCCCCAAAAGUAUAUGGCAAUACCUGUACGGAAGGCCUUUAAAAUUCGGAUAUUAGGAAAUCAACUAAAUGUCUGGAAGGGUGAUGAGUUAGAAAGUACUGGAAAUGCAUAAUGUUUAGAGACGUGAAGUAAGGUUCAGGGUACAUUUAUUGGGACACAUGGUUUUGCAUGUGCCCUGACUUAUUGAGAACAUAUCUGCAACAGUCUGCAUGCACGGAAACUACAUGUACCAACAUGGAAAUUGUUUCAAAUCUGGGAUUUGCCAAAGAGAAUGAGAUGACCCAAUUUGUCUCUGGUAGUUCUCUACGUACUUCCAGAGGUGCUAGAGCCUGGAGCCUGAAACGUGAUCGUCCGCUGUGUUGGGACAAAAUUGUCGUGUGAGACUAGCAACAUCUUCUCCAAGUGAAAGCGUGUUGACUCUAGCUGAAGUGUUAGGUAGAGAGAAAUCCUUACCACCUGCUUGAUACAUACUAAAAAACAUGUAGAUAGCCAUUAUUAUAUGAACCCACAGUGUGCUAGUACUGGCUUGCUAGCUAAAGCCGCAUGGCGAAACAUUCCUUUGUUUAGUGACAUGUGAAGCCCUGCUAGUUGCCAAGUGGCUUGAGCGGCUCUAUCUAUGCAAUGGCGCGAGGGGAUUUUGUGGCCACCAAAUGUAGUGGCAGGAUGUUGGCCUCUCGGUGACUGUAACCAGAAAAAAGGGGAAGAGAGUGACAGGUGAGGCCCUCUCUAUAUACCAUGCGAGGUGGCUAGCUCACGAGUGUUUGCCUCCGAGCGUUGAGGCGGGAUGUUGGCCUCGCGGGACCACUAUACGACAGGCGUAUAUGUAAAGAAAGGAGAAUACCUAUUGGAAACCUAUAGUCCCUAAUUGCCAGUACGCUAAGGAUAUACCCAGGGGGAAACAGAAAAUUUAUGUUUAUACCACAUGAGGUGUAUGUACCUGGUAGUAUGAUUAGAUACCCUUACUGGUUGUAAGGGUUAUUAAUACCUGUAUCCCGGACUGGUAAAACAAUGUACGAAAAUUGAAUAUAGACAUUUAAAAGCGUAUACCCAUAUGUGUGUUAUGCAAGUUUAAUAGAGCAAAGUGCUCCGUCCCAAUGUUUAUUGUAUGCUUGUAAUGCCCCUGUUUGAAGGAAAUUAACUUGUCGGGAGUGUUAUAUCAUGUGUGAUAUGGAAUACUUCUGUACCCCGAAACAUGAGUGUAGUGAACCAUGACUGGCAGCUGAAUAACCUAAUAUGUGAAAAUACGUAAUUGGAAGGACUUAUAUUUUAAGCGUGCAAACAUGCCAAUAUUCCGUAUUAGACUCUGGAAUCCUGCAUAGUGCUUUAAAUAGUAUGUGCAUUCUUGGGUAAAUGUAUGCGUAUUGUCGUAAAUGUAACUACAUGCCUAUGUAGGCAGGUAUGCAGGAAUGAUUAUAUCAUAGCAAGCACGAGUUGUAAGGAAGUGUUAUUGUGUAAUUAUAGUGGGAAUGUUAUGAGGGGAAUAACCAUAUGUCUGAAAAGCCUGUAGUAUACCGUUUGACAGAUAGGAGUCAGUAUAAAAGCAAAAAUGCUGUAGUUAGUUUGUUUGCUUAUGAAGUGAAAUAAAGUCUGAGAAGCCGAUUGACCGGUAGGGGUCAGCAUGUAGGCAAAAAUGCCGUGGUUUGUUGGUUUGUACAUGAAACGCAAUAAUGUCUGAGAAGUCUGUAGUACACUGAAUGACCGGUAGGGGUCAGUGUCUAGGUGAAAAUGCAGUGGUUCAUUGGUUUGUACAUGAAAUGCAAUAAUAUCUGAGAAGCUUGUAGUACACUGAAUGACCGGUAGGGGUCAGUGUGUAGGCAAAAAUGCAGUGGUUUGUUGGUUUGUACAUGAAAUGCAAUAAUAUCUGAGAAUCUUGUAGUACACUGAAUGACCGAUAGGGGUCAGUGUGUAGGCGCAAAUGCAGUGGUUUGUUGAUUUGUACAUGAAAUGCGAUAAUGUCUAAGAAGCCUGUAGUACACCAAAAGACCGGUAGGGGUCAGUGUGUAGGCGAAAGAUUGUAUUUCAUUUGUAGUUUUAACCAAACAGAUUUUAAACAACAGAUUUUACAUGAACAGCUAGGUGAGUAUAAGGUAACGAAAUAACUGUGCAAAACGAAAGGAAACCGUAAAGUGAGAACCCGUGCUGUGCUGAACGCCGUGGGAACUAAUCCUGGCGCGACAGGUGGGUCAACUUACGGUUUGAGAGUCCCUGAGACACCAAAUGCGAUGCUGACCGGAGAGAAAGCCACUGGAUUAACGGAAAGCCCUGCUGCUGGAUUCCUGGACACAGCUGGGAGUAGGAGACCUCAUGGAGCAGAGGUGAAACCAAAAUGGCAUCUUGUAUGACCUGGAAGUGGAUCUCAUGCAAAUGCUGACCCUGAACAGUCUAUUUGUCUGACCAACAAAGGUAAAUAGGGAAAGGGGGGAGUCCCUUUUAUAGGUCUAUAGCCCCUCCCACAACUUCAGGCCAUGCCUUCCAAUAUAUAUAUAUUGCUGUAAUAAAGCAGAUACCUAGUUAUUUUAGUGAAUAACCCUGUAAGUAUCAUUACAAGCCACACGCGAGUGUGCUUUCUUUUGAAUAAUAUAUAUAUAUAUAUAUAUAUAUAUAUUAUUCAAAAGAAAGCACACUCGCGUGUGGCUUGUAAUGAUACUUACAGGGUUAUUCACUAAAAUAACUAGGUAUCUGCUUUAUUACACCAAUACAAAAUAAAUAAAUCUAUACACUCUCCACAUAUAGCCCAACCCUAUGCGUUUCACCCAUAACAAAUUCGGCCUUCCUCCGGGGUAAUAAUCGCCCAGUCUCCCGUGUGGUAUGAUUCCUUGUUGUCUGGCGUUAGUUUGUUACUCUAUGAGUGUUUCUUUUUCUGAAGAUCUUUUUUGUAUUUGUAUUGUUGAGGACUGGGAGGAGUCCUAUCUUUUUUCUACAGUUUAAAAGGAUAGCGUAUAGGUAAAUAAUAUUUUACCUUUACACUGUGUGUCUUUCCACUGAACUACAAGGAUGAUCAAUCUAUAUUGGACUUUAAUUAACAUGACUGUUUUUUUGUUAUUUUACACUUGGACAGUAUAUUUACUCUUCUAUAAUAAAUGUGUGAUAUCAAUAGCUCUGAUAAUGCAGAUCUUUGAUUUCACACGUAGAACUGUUUUUAGUGUUCUGUCUGUCUUGAAACUUAAACAAGUUAGUUUAAAAAAAAAAAAAUUUUUUUUUUUUUUAGGGGACUCCACGUACUCUGAAGAUCCUUCCUGUGUAAAGAAAAAAAAGAAGAAAAAGAAACGCCACGCAGAAGACAUGGAGAAUUACAGCUUUGUAGCUUCCGACGUCAAUGAAAACAUACAUGAUUGGCCACAUGAGAGCACGGCGCAAAACCUGGAAACCACCCAUGAUGAGUCUCAGGUGACACAGAGUGCCAAAAAACGCAAGAAAAAAAAACGUCCUGAGUCCUCUACCACUGAUUUUAUUGAACCGGAGGAGUCAGAGAACACAGCUGGUAAUGAACAAGAUUCUUCUACUACAAAUAAUCAUCAACGUGCUAAGCUAGACCUUCCAGAUGAUGCUGCCCUCAGGUGAGGAAUAUGUAAUUGGUUGUUUUGAAACCUGGUUGAUUCAGUUCUGUUCGAAGUUAAAGAUGAUCUGUGCAGAUUUAUACGUCACUAUGGAUUGUUAUGUUGUAGCACCAUUAGUGCUGUGCACUAUUUUGAUGCACAUUGGAUAUUCUAUUCCAGAGCAAGCCUUUUAACCCUAUAUUUUAAAGGAACACUAUGCAGCAUUACUGCUAUAACUCACUGUAGUGAUUUGGAUGUCUAAAGUCCCUGCACAGUCUCCUGGUUUAAUGUCAAACAAUUUAAGAUUGGUUUACGAUAACUGAUGCUCUUCCCGGCGUUCUACUCAGACACCUCAGUAUUCACUGAUGCUGGGCUAACCUACCCCCCUCCCUCUCGGCCUGCAAGUGUCAGAUAUUUUGGAAGAAAUUGACAAUGAUAAUGCAGAUGUGUUCAUUCAAUAUUAUAAAUGUGACCAAUAUGGCCGCAGGGAAGAUCUUCAGCUUGUAUCCUACCUUUCCUAAACAGUGUUUAUUAUUAAACUUGGGGACAGCACCAGGGCAUUUUAGGCACGCUAACCACGAGAACAAGCUAGUAACAGGUUGAAUUUUUUUUCUUUCUUAAAGGGACGCUGUAGGCAUUAUAACCAUUUCAUCUCAUUGAAUUGGUUUUAGUGCCCGGAGUUCCCUGGUACUGUCCCUUCAUUUAGUGUUAAAUUGUUUUUAAGCACUUUAACACUAAAGAGGUUCCUUGGCCCACCCAUAGUCAAGUGGCCCCUGCUGGAGGUGUGGCUAAAGUAGAAAUUACACACUUCUAUGUUCGUUCUAUGUUUCUAUCAGGAAGUAUUACUUUACUGAGAGGUUAGUGGAUGCAUGGAAUAGCCUUCCAGCUGAAGUGGUAGAGGUUAACACAGUAAAGGAGUUUAAGCAUGCGUGGGAUAGGCAUAAGGCUAUCCUAACUAUAAGAUAAGGCCAGGGACUAAUGAAAGUAUUUAGAAAAUUGGGCAGACUAAAUGGGUCACAUGGUUCUUAUCUGCCGUCACAUUCUAUGUUUCUACUUCCUUGUAGCCAUACUAAUACGUACCAGCGAUGGUGGCUGUGAUAGGCUGGAAGUAGUCAGCUCUCAACAAAUCACUGUCGCCCAUUGUUGCCCCGGUUAAUGCUAAUGCUUCUUGCCAGUCGGCAGUAAAACAGAGAGAUUACAGAUUUAAAAUGUACAUGGAGUUAAAGGAACAUUAGUCUGUCUGCCUACCUAUCUCUCAAAGGAGAGCGCUCACAGGUCUUUUUCCUGAAAUGUUUCGCUACUUUAUUUGAUGCAGAUAGGUGCAAUUUACUGCUAGAUCAAUGUUUAAAUCCUCAUUCGAGACUAUUAUGGAGAUAACCAUAUCGUGCACAGCAGUAUUUAAAUAGGACGCCGAAACGAAAGCUAGGGUGGGACAACUGGUGACUGAAAUUGAGGGUGAGAAUGCAUGUGGAAGAGGGACUGCGAACGUGAGGGCAGGAUGUUGGGCAGUUUUGUUCGAAACCGAAUGUUAACUUAUGUUUCUGAAACUGUAAAAUGUAACCAGCAGGGUUUUUAUUUGCAAGGCUACUGGGAAAACAUCUAUACCCCAAAACAACUUUCUUUAUAAAGAGCAAUUCUGGGGAAAGAGCUUAAAAAUUGAGUGUUUACUAUGGAAACCAAUGAAGAGCUUUGUUGGUUACUUUUAUUGUAGUUCUAUUCAGCAAUACUACAAUCACUAAACUUAAUGCAAUUCCCUCCCCCCAAUUCCAGAGAAUACCUUAAAGAUCCUGUCUCUGUAAAGAAGAAGAAGAAACGCCGUGCGGAUGUGGAGAAUAGCGGCUUUGUUCACAGCCACAAUGGUGACCAUGUUAAUGAAACCAUACAUGAUGGGAGUAUGGCACUAAACUCGGAAGCAGACUGUGAUAACUCCCAGGUGACACAGAGUGCCAAAAAACACAAGAAAAAGAGAGUUCGUACAUCGGAGGAUAUGGAGAAUACCCACAUUGGUAAUGAAACCAUACAUGAUUGGUCAGGUGGGAGCACAAUAUAAAACCUGAUGAUGAAGAAGAAAAAAAAAAAUAUAUAUAUAGAGCAUACUUUGUAAUAUAUAUUCAAAAGAAAGCAUACUCACGUGGCUUGUAAUGAUACUUACAGGGUUAUUCACUAAAAUAACUAGGUAUCUGCUUUAUUACAGCAAUAUGAUGCUUUAAUUAACAUGACUGAUGUUUGUUGUGUUUUUUUUUUUUUUAACCCUUAGACAGUAUAGUGACUCUUCUAUGAUAAAUGUGUGAUAUCAAUAGCUCUGAUAAUGCAGAUCUUUGAUUUCACACGUAGAAUGUUUUGUGUUCUGUCUUUCUUAAAACGUAAGUUAAAUUUUUUUUUUUAAUGUGUUUUUUUUUUUUUAGGGGACUCCACUUACUCUGAAGAUCCUUCCCCUGGAAAGAAGAAAAAGAAACGCCAUACAGAAGACAUGGAGAAUUACAGCUUUGUAACUUCCGACGUCAAUGAAAGCAUACGUGAUUGGCCAAAUGAGAGCACGGCGCAAAACCUGGAAACCACCCAUGAUGAGUCUCAGGUGACACAGCGUGCCAAAAAAGGCAAGAAAAAAAAAGUUCCACUUACUGAUGUUAUUGAACCAGAGGAGUCAGAGAACACUAUUGGUAACGAACAAGAUUCUUCUACUGCAAAUGUUCCAGAACCUGAUAAUGCAGAAGAUCUGAAAAAUAAAUCAAAAAAUAAAGGCGACCCCAGGUGAGGAAUGUGUAAUUGGUAUGUUUCAAACCUAAUCGGCCAGUGCUCUUUAGUGCCAUCACCACAAGAUGAUCCGUCUAGCUGUCAUACUAUAGAAGCAGUAGAGGCGUAUAGCACUGGCAAUGCUAAAUGUGUAGGAUGUUCCAGAGCAGAUUCCUUAAAGGGACUCUCCAGUGCCAGGAAAAGAAACCAUUUUCCUGGCACUGCAGGUCCCCUCUCCCUCCCACCCCCCCCAUUCCACGUUGCUGAGGGGUUUAAAACCCCUUCAGUGACUUACCUGCAUCCAGCACUGAUGUCCCUUGGCGCUGGUUCUGGGCCGCCCACGCUCCUCCCCCGCCGACAUCAUCCGGCGGAAGAGACCUAUUGUGCAUGCGCGGCCGGCGAGACCUAAUGCGCAUGCGGGGCAUUAGACCUCCCCAUAGGAAAGCAUUAAAAAUGCUUUCAAUGCUUUCCUGUGGGGAAUUCAGCGAUGCUGGAGGUCCUCACAUAGUGUGAGGACGUCCAGCGACGCUAUAGCACAGAAAAUCUGUGCUAUAAACCAGUACACAGCCACUAGAGGAGGACAGCCACUAGAGGAGGAGUUAACCCUGCAAGGUAAAUAUUAGUUUAUGAAAACUGCAAUAUUUACAGUUGCAGGGUUAAGGGUAGUGGGAGUUGGCACCCAGACCAAUUCAAUGGGCAGAAGUGGUCUGGGUGCCUGGAGUGUCCCUUUAAUCUUACCCGAAACCUAUAUUAUAAAUGAACACUAGGGGGGCAGUACCUGUAUCCUUGCAGAAGCAUGCCAUUUUACUUUGACAGCACUGACAACAUUUUUACAGUCGAUCUGACACCUGCAUGUGUUUGUACCCCAGUUAAUUGGCGGCAACUGUUGGUGAUGUUGGCAGUCAAGUGGAUGAAUCUGUUAUUUUUAGUACAGUGUGUUUGUAAUAUUGAUAUGUCCUGCAUAAGGAGAGAGACUCUCUGAAUAAAUAACUGGUUGAGUUCAUGUAAGAUCUGAGUUACUGUAUAUGCACAGGCUAGAGAUGUAAACCAGAAACCAUGAAACGCACUGGGAGUUGAUAAUUCUGUGGAAAGAAUUUCAAAGUGGAGCAGUCACUCUGUCAGCCAAUGGCAUUCUUCUCCUCAUUCACUGCUUUUUAAUAAUUUUUUUUUUGCUAGCACAGAACUAAAAUGUCUAAACUUUGUGGCUGUAAUACUCUGAGAAAGUUUAUUUGGAACUCAUCUGCAGAUGAAAUAAUAAAUUUGAAACCGUCACGUUAAGAAAAUAUAAUUUAUUUAAAUAAGGUAAAUAACUUUGGCAGUUUUCUGCAGCAAUAAUGUUUUGAAAUCAUAAUAAUGCAUGAAUGUUGUAAACUUGUUUCAGAAUUGCAACACAAAAAUAUAUCCUUUAUAAAAAUAAGUAAAUGCUUAAAGGGACACUAUAGUCACCUGAACAACUACAGCUUAAUGUAGUUGUUCAGGUGAGAUCUAUAGCUCCCUGCAGGCAGUUUAAUGCAAACAUCAGAGAAAAUACAGUGUUUACAUUGAUUGAUAGGAAUACCUCCAGUGGCCAUCACUCAGACGGCCACCAGAGGGACUUCCUAUCACGUAUGGCCCUAAAAGGGCCAUGUACACGUCAGACGUAUUAAAAUACGUCUGACGUGUGCAGGAGAGAGAAGGCACUGUGCGCGCGCCUUCUCUCUUCUGUCUGUCAGCAGAGGAGAGGGGGCGGGCAAAGCCCGCGAGCUGUGCUGUCAGUCAGCUCAGUUAGCGGCCGCGCACGCAUACGCGGUAGUGCGCUCAGGACUUCAUAGGGCGGCAUGAAUGCCGCUCCAUGAAGUAUGUGCGGCGAAGCCGAGCAUGCGCACAAGGGUUCAAUGACUCUUCCGAAUGGAAGCGUCUGAUUGCUCCCUGCUUGCGCCCGCCUAUUUUGUCAUUUUGACGAAAUAGGGGGCGCGGCUUCACGAGGCUCCCGGCGCUGGAACCAGGUGAGUAAAAUGGGCUGCCUGGAGUGUCCCUUUAAUUAGCAACAAGCAGUAUUGUCCAUUAGAUUUUAAUAAGGUUGCCAGAGCAGGUGACCCCAGUAGUAGAAAGUAACAGUCUCUUAAUAGGAAGAAAUAAAUCCUGGUAAUGAAAUAUAUCCUGGUAUGAUACGUGGUUGUAAUCAAUAGACUCCAAUAAUAAUAAUUGACAUCAUUGCGUAGUUUGGCAAAUGCUAUAUUCAAAUAGAAACAGCAAGUCGAAUCCCAGAGGGCAGACUUUGGUAUUCCUUAUCAUUCCCAGAUGACGUAAGGUUAGAACCAAUUAAUAAUGGCAGUCCCUGGAGAACUUAUCUUGCCUUUACUGAAUGAUAGGAUUUGAAGUCCUUUCCAGCUUAGAAUGAAUUAUGGUUCCUUGAAGUAAGGGAAGAGAUGCAGGAAUCCAAAGUUAAGUCUGUUACUUGAGUGGCAGAGGGGAGUAGAGGAUCAAAGCCAGAAGUUCCGUACACAGGAAAUCAGGUUAGCUGGACUCUGUAGCGAAGCGGCAACAAUGUAGCCAGUAGCGAGAGUAUAUGAAACCACAAGAGAUUGAUUGAGCACUUUAGAUGCAGUCGCAGCUUCAUUUUAAAGGGAAGCGCGAGAUGUCAGACGCAUGGGCGGAGACUGAUCUGCGAAACCCGGAAGUCAUACCGGUAAUGCCGAUCGGGAAGAAUUCAACAUUGAGAAGUUCAGAGACAAUAUGGAGGAAUUUGGACAGUGGCAUUUUUUUUACAUUCUAGUGAAUAUCCUAAAGAUCAUGUCUCUGUAAAGAAGAAAAAAAAGGGUAUAGAGAAUAGCGGCUCUGUUAACAUCAACUUUGCUGUCGAUGUUAACGAAAACAUACAUGACUAAAGCAUGGCAAAAAAAAUGGAAAUAGACUGUGAUAACUCUCAGGUGACACAUAGUGCCAAAAAAAACGCAGGGAAAAAAAGAGUCGGACAUUGUCUUUUGUUGAAUCAGAGGAGCCAGAGAACACUUCUGUGUUAAAGCACCCAAGAGUUGAGCUGCAAAAGACUGGUGUGAAUGAACAGGAUUGUUCUGCUGCCAGUGAUCAGGAACUUGAUAGCACAGACUGUACUGAUAAUGCAGAAGAUCUGGGAGUAAAAUCAAAAAAUAAAAACGGCCCUAGGUAAGUAAUAGGACUGUUUUUCUAAGUAAUGUAUAAUUGGUAUGUUUGAAAACUAUUCGGACCAUUGCUCUUCAGUGCCAUCACCACAAGAUGAUCCAUACUGAUAUUAUUGUUGUGCUGUAGAACCAAUAGAGCUAUGUAGGAUGUAAUGUACCAGAGUGACCAUAAACCUAUAUUUCAAAGUAACACUAGAGGGCAGUACGUGUGUCCUCACAGAAGCAUGUCAUUUUACAUUGACUAUGCUCAUAGCAUCAUGUAAACUGAUCUGACACCAGCAUUGGUUUGUAGCCCAGCCAAUCGGUGUCAACGGUUGUUGGUGCUGUGGCGGUCAAGUAAAUGAGUCUGUAAUUGCUAGUGCAGUUAGGUUCUCAUUUUGAUAUGUCCUAUGUACAGGAGACAACACUGAAUAAAUAACUGCUUGUGUUCCCGUAAGUUCAGUUACGUGUAUGCACAGACUACAGAUGUAAACCUAAAACCACAAAAUGCAAUGGAGUUAAUAAGUGCAAUUCUGGGAAAAGGGUCAAAAUGUGGAGCAGUUGCUAUGGAAACCAAUUGAGUUCCCUGGCAGUCCAGUGGAGGAAAAUACCCUGGUAGUCCUGCAAGAGUUGAAACUCCCAUGUAGUUCAGCACGGGUUGAAAUUCCCUGGUAGUCCUGCAGAGAUUGAAAUUCCCUGGUAAUAACCUGACCUCCACAUUGCAUCUAAAGUGCAUGGGGGUUUGACAUACCACUUUCUUCGGAGGAGUUGGAGUUUCAGAGGUUGCCUGUAUGUUCAAAGAAACAGAAGUUUGGAGUGAUAUCAAUUAUGUAAUUGCAAAGUGGUCUGUUCAAGUUUGGCCAAAUACUGUUCAUCUAUGGUUCUUCAGUCUGUCCCCAUCAAUAGGGGGGUUUGGUUAACCAUAGGAUGCUGUAGCGGUUGAUAUCCACCUCCUGACAAGCGUGCCGCAGAUUAGAAUGUUAAUUUAAUUUGACUUUCCUCAUUACUUUGAGUUGAAUUAAAGGAGAUAUGCAUUUUCUUGUUACCUUCUCUUCAAGUAAAAAGAUCUUUUGGAAUAGACUAUCACUCCGCAAGCAAGAUUUAGAACUAAUGCUUGAAUAUUUUCCAAGACUAAUGAAACUUUCUCAAUCAAGAGUCACGAAUCUAUUUUGUCACGAACUUGAAAGAGUCAAAGCCGCCAAAAGAAAAGGUAACAUUGCAGAAUAAAAUCGAUGUGCAAUUAUUAUUAUAGCAAAUCUAUUACAGUAAACAUAUUCUAUACUCAAUGCAACCGAAAAUGUAUUUAUGUGUUAAGUGCCAACCUAUUGCACGGUGCAGGACAUCGAAAUUCAAUACCCCUUUGUAAAAAUGAAUGCACGGUAUAAAGUUAUUAUCAGACCCCCACUGAUAUGCAUGAUUUACCAAAUAUCGAAUUCUGUGUGUAGUGAUAAAAACGUGACACAUGACAAAGGAGGGAAGUCUGUGUUAAAAUACAGCUGUAACCACUAUGAAUGCUGUUGUUUUAGUGAUGCAGUCACGUUUGAUCUUUUGUUAGGCCAUAUAGAGGAACAGAUAUGCAACCAUAAUUGGGUGCCCACUCAGCCAUAUCUCUGUUCUUUCCUUUGCAUGUGUUGCUGUUGCACAAAUACAAAAUGUAUAUUUGGGCACGUGUAUUCAUGCUUCUUUUUCAUGUGCCAUUUAUAAUCUGGUAAUCAUAAUUGUUCAACUCAAUAUCAUUCUUCUGUUACGCUCUAGACUUGUAAAGCACUCCAGUUUGCUGAAGUGCUGUAUUUGUUUGGAGUCUGCCUUUUUUUUAACAGUUUAUUAAAGUGCCGAUUCUAAUAGAAAACAGGGAGGGUUUUUAAAAAAAAUAAAAUUUCUGCUUUUGUUAGUUCCACAGCGCUAACGACAGUCACAGGUGCGCUAGGCUAAACGUGCCACAGGACUCCAUGCUUUGAGCAUCUUUUUAACUCAAUCUGCUGGGUUUUUGCUGCACAUGGACUUUUGUGAGGUUGUUUUUUUUUUCGAAUCCCUGAUGGGUAGUGAGCUAGAGCUGAUAGUACACUGGUGUAUUUUAAAGGAGCUGAUUGUGAGCCACGUAUCCUCUACAAUGUCUGUUGUCAGGAAUUCAAAUUAAAUUGCAAGUUGUCGGCCAAAAAUAAAUAACAUUUUUCAGUUUGGCUAUUUUAACCUAAAAUUUUAAGUUUGCUUUGUAUUACUCACAAAUCCCUAAAUAUGACAAUCUUACCAAAUUGUUUCUUCACUAGGAAUUUUACAUUUAUUUAAGAACUUUUGAUUUAUCACUGUAAGGGCAUACACUUGUUAUUAGGAAAAAAAAAAGUUUUGAUUUUUAUUCAAAUUUUUUUUUUGAGAUUUUGUCAAAAAUAUAAUAAAGUAGGUAAAACAAAUGUUGCUGUGCACUUUGAUCACACCACACCUGUAACCUUCCAUUGGUACAUCAGUUGACCGUCAUCAGUGGCUUUGGGUGAUUGAAUCUCCCCCUUAUUUUGUUGUUUUUCUAUUAUGCUGCCUAUGAUCUAAUUUUCUUCCCUUCCUUCCCAGGGAUCAGUUUUAAUACGGGCAGGUUUACUUUGGAAGAAAAUAAACAGCUCCACGAAAACGUGAAGGAAUUCAUGUUUAUGUCGGGGGUGGACAGUGAAGAGAAGCUUUUUCAUUCCUAUAGAUUUCCAGAAGAGCAGCGUUUCAUACAGUUAUUGAAAAAACAGUACAACUUCAAAGAGCGAAUUGGUAAGCAAUUGUAAAGGAGUUUAAGCAUGUGUGGGAUAGGCAUAAGGCUAUCCUAACUAUAAGAUAAGGCCAGGGACUAAUGAAAGUAUUUAGAAAAUUGGGCAGACUAGAUGGGUCGAAUGGUUCUUAUCUGCCGUCACAUUCUAGGUUUCUAUGUCUAUAUGUUGUCACUUAAUGGCCCUAUCACUCCAUCUCUGUGUUAACUGAAUAGAUUCCCUUGUUUUAACCCAUGUUUAUAAUUUUCCCGCGUCCUAGGUACAAACAUACCACGCCCACUAACCGAAAUCAGUCACCGAGGAGAGAAGAUGUUUGAUUUAUCUAGCCAAAAGGGACGGUAAGUCUUCUGGUCACAUAGAUCAGUGGUUUGUCUUCUAGCUGUCCAAGGUUUUAUUUUCAUUAAUGUUAGCUAAGCCUCUCAUGCAUCCAAGGUCAACAAAUGAGUAAUAUUAAGUUAAACCAUAAUCACAUUUAGACCCCAAGACAUUAUUAAGUAGCAAAAAGGUAAAGAAAGGCGUACCAUAUACGAACAAGUAGGGAUGCACGGAAAAUUUCGGCCGACAAUGGGCCUAUCCCAUUUCGGCCGAAAAUAGGACAGAGUGACUUGUCAGAUCCUCGGUCCGUGACUUCACUCUGCCUCACCCUCAGUCGAGCCCUCCCUCCCACACUAUGCCACUAGGCACCCCCUUCCUUACUAUGUCACCACCUCACUCUGACACCAGUCACCCUCACUGCCACUCCCUCACUCUGCCACCUGUCCCCCCCCUUCUUCCCUCACUCUGUCAUUCCCUCUCUCCCACGCUCUGUCACUCUCUGUCACUCCCUCCCACGCUCUCACCUGUCACUCGCUCUCACCUGUCACUCGCUCUCACCUGUCACUCGCUCUCACCUGUCACUCGCUCUCACCUGUCACUCGCUCUCACCUGUCACUCGCUCUCACCUGUCACUCGCUCUCACCUGUCACUCGCUCUCACCUGUCACUCACUCCCACGCUUUCACCUAUCACCCGCCCUCACGCGUCCCACGCCCUCACGCGUCCCACGCCCUCACGCGUCACCCGCCCUCACGCGUCACCCGCCCUCACGCGUCACCCGCCCUCCGCUCUCACCCAUCACCCGCUCUCACCUGUCACCACCUCACUCUGCCAUCCCUAUCAACCCACAAUAUGUGGGUUACACACACUACAUCCCUAACCCACCGCACACUAUGUGCCCUAUACACUCUACAUAACCUCCACACAUACACACUACAUCCCUUUCCAACACCUCACUAUUUCAUACACACACUACAUGACCUCCACAAAUCAUUUGGGGGAGAAAAGUCAUUUUCGGCCAAGGGCAUCCUGAAUUUUCUGGUCCGAAAAUGAAUUUUUAUUUCAGUACAUCCCUACUAAGGAGACCAAAGAAUGAAGGUGGGCUGGCGGUACCAGACUUUCAUUUAUACUACCUGGCUUCCCACCUACAGAGCGUGUUGGAGUGGGUCAUGGAUGGAGUAUCCAAAAUGUGGAAAGAGAUUGAGCAAUCCCAGACGGGAGGUUCUCUGAAGGCACUAACGUGGAUUCACCCUGCAGCGAGCAGGAAGCUUUCACCAUCAACCUUUCGUUAAGACCACUCUAGACUUAUGGCAUAGGACUACAACGAGAAUGGACCUCUCAUCCUCCCCCUCCCACCUUUACCCUCUGACACAUAACCCAGAAUUUGCCCCCGGAACGGAGGAGAAUGCGGUCACAUGUGUACUCCCACAGCCAAAAGUACAAGACUGGCACCUGCUGGUGGGGGACGAACUUAAACCUCUUAGUGAGGUUGUAGAUCGCGCACACCACACUUUUAUUCAGAGAUUGAGGUAUGAACAACUGAAAUUGUUUAUAAACCAAAUCCCACAAAAACUCAACUUGAAAUUCUAGGUGAUGACCCGGACCUACUACCGCAUGCGGUAUCCUAUCUUUACUCAUUAAGCCUAGAAAAUAGAAACCUUCCAUCUCUCCCGUACAUGGGCAAAAGGGAAACAUGGUUAGGGGAAACUUUCACAGACCAGCAGUUGGGCAAGAUCUGUGACCUAGUACAUCAUUGUGCACUAGCCAGUAAGACUCAGGAGACUGCCUAUAAGGUUCUGUCUUUAUGGUAUAGGACCCCACAGGCUCUAAGGUAUUUGAAUCCAUCUCUGGGAGACGAUUGUUGGGUCUGUGUGGCCAGCACUGGAACGUUCCUGCACUUUUGGUGGGAAUGCCCUAUGUUAACACCUUUUUGACAGGCAAUAGGUGAAAUCUUAAACAAAUUCUCUGACAACCCGCCCACUUUCCGACCGCCCCUCUACCUCUUACAUCACACUACCACGCCAACAAUGGCAUGCAAGAAAUCCCUGACAGUCAAAAUAUUGAAUACUGCAAAACAAGUGCUGCCUCUGUUUUCUGGAAAAAAGACAUACCCCCCUCCCUUGACAGUAUGGUUUGAUAAGAUGGAGGACCUCCGACAACUGAGGGAACUGACGUUUGCUGCACAAGACCACUCUCAGACUUAUAUGGACGCACUGGCUAAAGGUCGUUUACUAAGCUGAUUUCCGGAGACUGCUCAUGUAUGGACUUCGGACGGGACUCCAGUGGGAGAGAGGAGUGCAGGAGGGAAGGGAGGUCUUGAGUCACCGGUCCAGGCAGUAUAGGGGCCAAAGCUCUAUCCCGAGAGACUGUUUGCUGCCUCUCCGUUUAUGGGCCACACGGAGAUGUGUCCAAGCACCCAAUACUGUAACCGGUUCGUGUAGAGCCCUGUUGGGAGGGCGCUGGAGAGUAUUACUACCAGUGAAUGGCUUAAUGACUAUCACUGUACCUAAGAGAGGCGUACAGGUUCAAGCGGCCCAUAUAACUUUACCUUGUCCCCAGUGGAGCAUAAGAUCAAACUCCAACCUGCGGCUUAGAAGCUGAUCCUUACUGUUAUGACUAUAUAUAUAUAUAUAUUUAUUAGUUUUUAUUUGUAAUUUCCUGAAUUGUCUAUGGUAUGUAUGUAACAUUCUUUGACGCACUGUCUCAGAUUGGCACCUUUAAGAGUACAUUUGUUAAUUACAAAAUGGCCCUGCGUGGCUACACUGAAAACAAAAUGAAUAAUAAAGGGAAGCAAUGAAGAAAGAAAGGUGAAAAGAAAAAAAAGGGGGAGGGGGAAGGGAAAGGAAAAGAGGAAAGGAAAGAAAACUGUACUAAUUGGGGACCUGCGUGUCCUUCUUUCUUGGCUUUUUCCUGCUGUUGUUGAAUGUCAAUAAAACUUUCGUUUAAAAAUAAAAAUAAAAUAAAAAGGUAAAGAAUAAUUGCCAAGGUGCUUUAGGGUUAAAUGGACACUAGUCACAAAAGCUAUUUUUUGUGUGUGUGUGUAUAGAUCCUGCCCCUGCAGUCUCACUGUUCAAUUAUCUGCCAUUUAGGAGUCAAAUCACUUUUGUUUCUGUUUAUGCCGCCCUAACCACACCUCCUCUGGCUGUGACUGACACACCCUGCAUAAAAACAAAUGGUUUCAUUUUCAAUCAGAUGUAACUUACUUUAAAUUUUUUUUUUUUUUUAAUCUCCUGCUCUGUGAAUUAAACUUUAAUUACAUACAGGAGGCUCCUGCAGGAUCUAACAAAGCAGGAGAUAAAAACAGAAUUUGCAAGAAAGAAAGUGUAACUAAUAGAUUACUCUUUUCAGGAAGUGUUUAGGAAGGCUGUGUGAGUGACAUGCAGGGAGUUGUGCCUAGGUCUUCAUAAACAAAGUGAUUUAACUCCUAAAUGGCAGAUAAUUUCUGUAUAUUUCUGGUGUGGGAAUGGAUUUUUUCCUUAAAGAGCUCCCAGUACUUUUUAUACCAGAUUACUUCUCACCCACUUUUAGUUAAGCUUUUCUUAUAAUUCUGUAUUUGAACAUGCAGGGAGGUACAGCUAGGUCUUCAUAAACAAAGUGAUUUAAAUCCUAAAUGGCAGAGAAUUGAACAGUGAGACUGCAGGGCCAUGAUCUAUACACCAAAACUGCUUCAUUAAGCUAAUGUUGUUUUGGAGACUGUAGUGUUUCUUUAAUUUUCUAAAGGUGCUGAUUUCAAGAGAAAUCCUUUCAGUUGCACUUUCCUGGCUGUCCUCAUCUCUAAUCUGUAGCAGAUGUAAGCAUUUUUCACAGCAAAGCAUUGGUUUAAGUGCUACUCUAUGUGAAGCACUGGAGUUGCACUUGCUGCAUCAUUGGUGAUGGUUUCCAAGAGGCAGCACUGCAGCGAUGUGAUCUGUUGGGUUUUAUUUUUAUGCUUUUAGGUAAUAGAUUGCAAUGUGUUUUUUGUUUUUCUCAUUUGUCUACUAUAAUUUUUUUUUUUUCUACUUUCCAGGUUCUCAGCCCAGGAAGUGCAUGAGUUAAAAAAACAAAUGCAGUUACAUGGAAACAAAUGGAGAAUCAUCCGUAGCUCUAUUGAUAGGAGUAGUAUUGGCUUACAGUUAAAGGCUUCACAGCUCAGACGAGGUAACUGGAUAUCAAAUAUGUCAAAAUGGAAUAAGGGCACUCUCUGGAAUUAUUGCAUAUUACUUUAAAUAUAAGCAUAUAUGCCCCUUUCAUGCAAACAGAAGAAAACUGAUACACAAAGUAUUCAUUUUGGGAGGGGAAAAAAUAUUCCAACGUCAAGUGCUCAGAAAAAGAAAAUUAAAAUAUGACUUGGUCCCCAUUGCAUAUUAAAGCCUUAGAUUGCAUUUCAUGUCAUUGGCUAGUGGAUACAGUAGGGGUUCUGUAUGAUUGGCUCAAUUCUCACCAACCGUUCCAGGCCAAUGCUUCCUCCAGAGAAGGAUUAAAACCAAUGCGGAUCAAUAGGAAGUCUCACUUCUUCCUGGAUGUCUUACCUGGGGGGUUCAUACCAGAAACUUUAUAAAAGUGCUGGAGAAGGGGACACUCUGUUAACCACUGAAAAGCUUUAGGGGUUUGCAGUGUUCCUUUUGUAUAGUUUUGAUUUCUUCCACCCCACACCGUCUUUCAACUUUGAAAGGGAUAACAUCAGGUUAAUUCCAUUUAUUCUAGCACUGGGACAAGCUUUCUCACUGCAGCUCUAACCCAUUUCUGGUGAAGUCUUCAAUGCUGAUGGCUUGUCUCCAAUCAGAUUCAUAAAGAUACCGGAUAUAUUGGGAUAGGGAUCGACCGAUAUUGAUUUUUUUUUUUUUAGAGCCGAUAACCUGUCAACUUUCAUGCCGAUAGCCGAUAACUUACUGAUAUUCUGUACAUUUACCAUUUUGAAAAAAUAAACUAUUUCUAAAGGUAAAUGCACAAAAUAUACAUGCCACGUGUAGUUGAUGCAGUGUGUUUAGACAUUGGAGCUGUGUGUGUUUGUGUAGUGUCUAUAUAAUAUGAAUGCAUAGUGUGUGUAUUUCUGUAGCUAUGUAAUUUGUGUAAAAUAUAUUUAUUUAUUUUUUUGUCCCCCCUCCCUGCUUGUUACCUGGCCAGGGAGGGGGUUUAUGGCAUUCCCUGGUGGUCCGGUGACAUGGACUGUGCAGUGGGGGGGCCACAGCAAGCUCUUACCUACCCUUCAGCUCCCCGUCUAACUCUCGUGGCCUGCGUGCUGUGCGUAGCGUUGCCAUGGUAACCUGUGGCAACUCCCUGACAGCCGCGGGACCCACGAGAUUUUCACAGGGGAGCUGAAGGGAGCUGCUGGGAACGUGUGUAAGAGCUUGCCUGGCCCCCCAGGACCGCCAGGCUUGUAAUGGGCCCGGCGGUCCUGGUAUGUAUUAUCGGCAAUAUCGGUCUCUCUAUAGGCCAAUACUGAUAUUUCCGAAAAUACAGAAUAUCGUCUGAUAAUAUCAGCCAGAUCAAUAAUUGGUCGAUCCCUAAAUUGGGAUACAUGGCGUACACGUGAGAGUCACCACAAUCCGCCAACAAUGCUGCUCGGUAAAAAGCACUGAAAGCCAAAGCUUCCUUAUGAGAAGCACUCACUUCCACUUUGAACUGAGGCAGGAAACCCUCCCGACUGUCUGAUGAGUGGCAGGUAUUAUGAUGGGAUUUAUAAACGUGACAAUUUUUUCUUAAUAUGGGCACAUUUUUUAAAACGAGUCUGCAUGGGCAAGCAGUUAAAGGGACACUAUAGUCACCAGUGCAACUACAUGUAUUCCUAACCCUAUAGUGUUAAUACGACCAUCUAGCCCCCCUGGGCCCCUGAAGCCUCCAUAAAUAUAGUAAAAAUCUUACUGUAUUCAAGCCAGAAGCUGUAAAUCUGCAUGCUGAGACUCAGGAAAAACAAGCAGUCUGCUGACAUGUGAUAGCCUGAUCCAAUCACAGUGCUUCCCCAUAGGAUUGACUGAGACUGACAGGGAGGCAGAUCAGGGGCAGAGCCAGCAUGAUUCAAACACAGCCCUGGCCAAUCAGCAUCUCCUCAUAGAGAUGAAUUGAAUCAGUGAAUCUCUAUGAGGAAAGUUCAGUGUCUGCAUGCAGAGGGAGGAGAUACUGAAUCACAGGAUGCUCCUGCACAGCAGAUCUGAGUGGAUGGAGGCAUAUUCUGCCUCCAUUAACUCAGAAGUCCCUCUGGCUCACUCUGAGUGACUGCAACUGGAGGUGUUCCUAGCUUUCAAUGAAAAUACAGUAUUUACAUGAGAGAGGCUGCAGGGAGCUAUAGUUCUAACCCGAGCAGCAUCAUUAAGCUGAAGUUGUUCAGGUGACUAUAGUGUCCAUUUAAGCUCUAAACCACUUCAGCAAGAGUCUGCAGAGCCCUAAAAUGUACUUUUGCUAUAAAUUUUUCAGACAGUGAAAAACAUUUUUACAUUUGUUUGGAAACACACCUAUGUUGCCUGCCAUUAGAGGCACUUUCUAUUUAGGUUUUCAUCAUUUUCCAUCAUCAUUCAUAGCAUAAUGAUGUCAAACGCAUCCACGGUUUCUUAUUUACCAGCAUUGGAUUUAGUGCUUCUCUAUGAGGGGUGAGACAGUAAUCUAGAGAGAGCAAAGAACACUCUACCAUUAAAAAUACAUUUUAUUUCUAAUGUUGGUUUUCCUUUAAUAUGAAUCGCAUCAUUUGCUACUGCACAUACUACCUUAAGGUGAUUGAAAUUUCAGAGCCUAGUACCUAAACCCACAGUUCACAUAUUGGUGAGAUGAAAAUCCUAAAUUUAGUUGUUUAAAAAAAAAAAAAAUAAUAAUAAAAAAAAAAUAUUGUGUGCAGGUAGUUGCAUAUCACUGUCACAAUAGCGUACAUUGGUGUAUUCAGGCAAGACAGUGGCACGAGUAAUUACACUUUUUUUGUAAUUUUUUAUUUGAACAAGCUUAGACGUAUAGCAAAACGCAUAUUUGAUUAUUCAGAUAAUUAUGUCGAUAAUAAGAAUUCCUGAGUAGCCAUUCCUUACUGCACAAAUUCUGUCUGGCAUAUACAUCGCCAUGGACUACAUUUGGAAUUAAAACAAGCUAAGACUUUGACUAUUCAGGCACUCAUGUUUCAGGCGAUAAAAAAAGAAAAGUAAAUGAGUUAAAAUGUUAUGCUAGGCGUUGUGUAUCAGAGGGUUAUUUCUCUGCCGUAUCAUUGCUUUCUAUGUGUAGAGGUCAAAAGAAUAAAGCUGUAUGAAUCAAACUGAGCUAGUAUUUUCCCUUGCAGAUAUAAGCUUAAAUCAGAGAAAGCACUCUAAUCAUGACAGAGUAGGGGGAUGUAUACAAUUAAACAAGGCAUAUCACAAGCAUGAGUAACAAGGAGAAUACAAUUAACAAGAAGAUAUAGGGCAUGAUGCCCAUGAGUGGUAGCAUGCAAUUCCUAACCGUAGAUUAGGAGACAAAAAUGCAAAUAGCAGGAAUAUUAUACACCAGAAUAUGAAAUCAUAAAAGGAACGUAAGUACAGUUAUGUGGUAGGUUUGAUAAAACCUACGCCUGGUGUCUUCACCCUUUGCUGCGUAUGGGUCUUUGCAAAGUUUCCAUGGCAGAAGGGGUUGCUCAGUCCUAGGUAUCUUAUUCAGCUGAUGCCUGUCAGGGUUACCCCGAAUUCCUGCAAUGCCGCAAGGUAGUGUUCAGAACUUCCAUGUAGGUACAGUUUAUGAGGGUGAGUGACCGUACAGAGUUAGUGUGAGCCGGCACUCGUGCCCCCGGCCUGCGAUGGGACCAGUACCUCGCUGCCAUGAACUCUGUGACCGCUGGAGACCAAGUUCUUUCUAUCCUGGUUGGUGCUGAGGGCUCUAAGUAUUGCCAUCUCCCACUAGAGUAACUGGUGCCUCUGGGUCAUCCCCAGUUUGGCCUUAGGCUUGGGGAGGCUUGGCUUAGUGGAGGUUGGUGCUUUUGGGGUUAUUUUGCCUGUGUGGGGCCUCAGAGAGCUCACCUCAUGGUGUUGCGGUUUUUCCUGCCGUGGGUGCAGUGUCCAUCUCAUUCAGUCUCGUGCAUUCCUCUAGUGCUGCCCAAAAUCAGUCAAAUAUCGUCUCUAGACUUCCCUCUGUGCACGCUUGUUGUGGGAUCAGUGUAGCCUGGAGUAGCCAGGUAAGAGGUGGCAGCAAUGGGUUUUGUGGACCGGGAUGACACCCACCGGUCCUGGGGGAGGAGGGUAGGGACUCGGCUGCGAUUUGGCCCACUGGCCGCGUUGUGAAGGUUGGCCGCCACUCCCAGGCCUCAGUAGCUCUGGAUUAGUAAUCUGCUGCAAAUUGACUCAGCAUUGCACCAGAUGUUGCCCGCUGCGUUCCGGGUACCACUCUGUGUGGGUGGAGGUCGGAUGCAGUGCAAGAUUGGUCGGUCAGCGGGCUUUAGAGCUUUGUAUGCGGUAGAGACAACAAACAAAAGUGGGAACAACAUCCAAAAAUUUGAAUACAACCUGGAAAAUAAAAUCCAAGGAUGAAAAAUGAUAUACAAGAAUAAUAGUGGAUCUAGAAUAAUAAAAAAUACAUAUGCUAGCGUAAAACAGUAUAAUAAAUAUAGGUAAUGAGGUGCUGGUAGCAAACUCACAAACAGAAGUCGAAAUCAGGCCUCUCAUCCCCUGGGGUAUAUAUAGUACGGACUUGAUAGUAGAUCCUGGUAAUAGGAAUGUCUUCAAAGGAAUGGAAGAAAAGAACCAUACAUGGUGAAGUAUGUUAAAAAAAAGUAAAAUAAGUUUAUUAGAUUACACUUACAGAAAGACAGAUGUAAACAGACAUAUCUCCACUUAAAGUGGAACAAAACCGCAGCGUGGGGGAACUGGAAAAAUUCCAACUCUGGCCGCAGGCAAGUGAAAAAGCAGGAAGAUAUAAAAUAAAUAAAAACAAAUCAAGGGUCCAAUAUCUGACGCGUUUCGUCAGAGUAGAAUAAGGGACUUCUUCAGGAAUAUGUGGUAAUUCUUUCAAUGAAGGAGCUUCUUAUGUCCGUAGUAAUUCACCUUAAUGCCGUUCACCGGUGGCGUGCGUUCCACCCUGGAAUGCAAUGACGUACUUCCUGUGACGUCCGGCGGGUAGCUGGCUCAAGCGCAGAACGAAACAGAGUUCCAAACACUGAAGCUUAAUCACCAUAUAGUGUGCUAUGACACACGCAAAUGAAAUCUAUGCAGAAGAGAACUGUCGGUAUCCCGCGGGCGGCUGUGAGGGGAGGCUGCACUCCGCUCGCGGUACUCACCCUCCAACCCUUCCGCGGUCCCCUCCUCCUCGUGGGUCCGGCGAGCGGCAUCCUUCCAGCCUCGGAUGCCGCCCGCCGUUUCCUCCACGUCCCCCAGCGGCAGCAUAUAUGACGCUGCACGCUGGGAGACCGCCCAAAUUUGUACACGCCGGGGUCAGUCACCUGACCCGGCGUUAAAGGCACAGUGCCUCAAUCACAGUGGGAGGUCUAGAUAUCUCCCACGUGUGAUUGGAUAAUUUCCAAUUAGAAUUAACAAUCAGAAUUAACCUUAUGGUUUAAAUACUUACCUUUCCUGUUCCUCCCUGCCCUUUUGUGGUCUUUGCUUUCUAGUAUUGCUACUUACCUUGUACUUGUACUAUUCUGUCUUCUGGUUCCCCUUACUCGGCUUGUUUCCUGACUAUUCUGUGUGUGCUUAGCCCGGUCACUCUAAGGUCCGGUACGGCACCUUGUGUGUGUGUGUGUGUGUGUGUGUGUGUUGGGUUCCCCGAAUCGUGACAAGAACAAAAUACACAUUACAGGCGAGCUGUCGCCAUAAAAGUUUAGCGAAUUACUAUUCUGUCAUCAUACUGUUUACUUUAUUACUUUGUAUGUGGUGGAGCCCCAGUCCCGUGCGACCGCUCAACCAGACGGCCAUAUCCCGCCCCUUUAAAUUUAGUUUUUUGACGAAAAGUAACCCAGAGGAUUUCUUGGUGCCCAAACCCUCAGCUUGAGACACGAUGAAGGAUAAUUUCAUGCGAAUGCAUUCUUGACUUUCUUUCUUGCCAUGAGAUGUGUAGUUUUAUUUUGUCUUCAUAUUUAUCCUGUCAGUGGUUACAAAUUUCAACUGUGAGCAUUCACGAUUCCUUGGCACUGCAAAUAAAUGCCAACCGACCAACCCUGAUUUUUUUUUCUCCUCUUCUUCUUGCAAUCUUUACUUCGUACUAUAAUAUUAAAGGACCACUAUAGUGCCAGGACAACAUACUCGUUUUCCUGGCACUAUAGUGCCCUGAGGGUGCCUCCACCCUCGGGGUCACCCUCCCGCCCGGCUCUGGAAGGGGGAAAGGGUUAAAAACUUACCUUUUUCCAGCGCUGGGCGGGGAGCAUUCUGCCUCCGAUCCUCCUCCGUUCCUCCUCCUGGGCUGAAUGCGCACGCGCGGCAAGAGCUGCGCGCGCAUUCAGCCCGUCACUUAGGAAAGCAUUUACAAUGCUUUCCUAUGGACGCUUGUGUGCUCUCACUGUGAAAAUCACAGUGAGAAGCACGCAGGCGCCUCUAGUGGCUGUCAAUGAGACAGCCACUAGAGGAUUAGGGGGAAGGCUUAACCCAUUCAUAAACAUAGCAGUUUCUCUGAAACUGCUAUGUUUAUAAAAAAAUGUGUUAACCCUAGAAGGACCUGGCACCCAGACCACUUCAUUAAGCUGAAGUGGUCUGGGUGCUUAGAGUGGUCCUUUAAAUGUUUGGUACCUGACAUGUCGAACCAAGUAUGCUAGUUUGUCUAAUCUUGGCUUUUCUGUCUACUAUUCUAAAUUCUUAUAACUCUCUGACAUCCACUAUUUGAAACACCAGCAUUGGAUUCUCCCAUUAUAAACAAUCUUCAUCUUAACAGUAUGCAUUUUAUGACCUAAUUUUAUUGCAGAAACCAACACGGGUACCUGGGGUGCGGAUGAGAUAAACCGUCUGAUUGAAGCUGUGAAAGAGUUCAUUCUUACCAGGGAGAAGACUGACACCUCUUCAGGGGAUGAGGCUCCUGUCAGUAUUGCCAAACAACAGCUGUACAAAGGCAUUCCAUGGGUUCAAAUGGAGGAAAAAGUCAAUACCAGGAACUGGUCUCAGUGCAAGACAAAGUGGUAAAUGGAUAUUGGGUGAAAGUAGGGGGGUAAUAUCAGUACCAUAGUGAUCAAUAUCUUUAUUACAUGGUUUGUCUGGAUUUCUUUAUCGGGCUCAUAUAUUGAAAUGGUAAAAUUAUUGCACACCUUGGCAUCUUGAGGUUAAUUUACUAAAUAUUGAUUUGUAACUAAUUGAUAACAGAGUGGAAAAAACUUGGCUCAAACAGACUAUAUAUGUUUUUGAGAUGGAAAUGACAGGAUUUGGCAAUAGAAUGAACAUGAGCCUUGAAGGAGAGGUCAGAGUCAAAGAGAAGACCUAGGCAGCGAGCCUGCGUGGUGGAGCUGAUGGUAGCGCCGUUGACUUGAAGGGAGGGAGACACAGGAAACAACACUUGAGGGAGCAAAGACCAGAAUUUCAGUUUUGGUCAAGUUUAGUUUAAGGAAGUGGGCAGCCAUCCAGUUAGAAAUAGCAGAGAGGCAGUCCGAGACACUAGUCAAGAGGGACGGGGAGCGAGCAGGAGAGGACAGAUAGAUUUGCGUGUCAUCUGCAUAGAAAUGAUAUUGGAAGCCAAAGGAGCUAAUGCGUUUACCAAGGUAGGCAGUAUAGAUGGAGAACAAUAGGGGACCAAGGACUGAACCUUGGGGGACACCAAGAGAGAGGAGUUGGGGAGAAGAAGCAGAGCCAGAGAAAGAAACAUUGAAAGAGCGCUGGGAGAGGUAGGAGGAGCACCAGGAGAGAGCAAUAUCUUGUAGACCAAUAUUGCGGAGGAUGAGAAGAAGCUGUUGAUGAUCAACAGUGUCAAAAGCCGCAGACAGGUCAAGGAGAAUUAGGAUAGAGUAGUGACCACAAGAUUUUGCAGCGAGUAGAUCAUUGGAUACUUUGCUUAGUGCCGUUUCCACAGAGUGUUUAGCGCGAAAACCAGACUGAAGCGGGUCUAGCAGAGAGUUGGAGUCUGUCAAUCUCGCAUACACAAUUCUUUCAAGGAUCUUGGAUUCAAAAGGCAGUAGCGAGAUAGGACGGUAGUUGGAUGGGGAGUUAGGGUCAAGGUGGGGCUUCUUUAGAAUUAGGGUUACAGUUGCUUGUUUGAAGGGCGAUGGAAAUAUACCAGAGGAGAGAGAGAGAUUGAGAAUUUUAGUGAGAGGUGGAGAAAGAGAAGAAGGUAGAGUACGGAUGAGAUGCGAGGGAAUCGGAUCUAGGGAGCAGGUGGUGGGGCGGAAGGACUGGAGCAGAGCAGAAACCUCUUCCAAUGUAGCAGGUGUGAAUGAACAUAGAACAGCAGAGGGAGUGAAGUUAGGGAAAGUGUUGUAAGGGGAAUAAGAAAGAAGAGAGAUCUCUUCCCUGAUUGUAGAAAUCUUGUCAGUGAAGUGAGGUGCAAAGUCUGAGGCGGUCAAGUUAGUAGGUGAAGGAGGAACAACAGGGCAAAGAAGAGAGUUAAAUGUGUGAAAUAGUCGUUUGGGUUCGCGGGAGAGUGGUUAUGAGGGUAUUAAAGUAAUUUACUUUUACAGUGGAAAGAGCCAAACUGUGUGAGCUCAGCAUAAAUUUAUAGUGUAACUUUGGCAAGCGUUUGUGGCGAAGUGGCUACUUCAAAAGACUGGACAUACCCCAUUUUUAAUACCCUAGGUUGUCUACUUUUUCAAAUGGGAUGUCAUGGUGGGUUUAAUUUUCAUUUCUGGGCUGCAUACCGUCCCAAUGGCAACAUAGCCAAUCUGGCAAGUAGCAUUUUACAAAAAGAGAAAUUGGCAAAUCACCCUGUAACUUUCCAAAUCACCAUAAAACCUGUACUUGAGGGGUACUGUUGUACUUGUGAGACAUUACUCUACACAAAUGAGUGUUUUCGAGCAGUAAAAUGUAUUAUGCUGAUAUCAUUGGUGAAAUGUCAGUUUGUGUAAAAAAUGCAAAAAAUAUAUAUAAAUGCUAAUUUUGGCCAGGGUUUUUGACUAAGUGGCAAAUAAAAAAAGAGUAUAAAUAACCCAUUUUGAAAACAGUGGGUUGUCUACUUUUACAAAUGGUAUGCCAUGAUGGGGUUAAUUUUCAUUCCUGAGCUGCUAUACAGUCUCAAAGGCAACAUAGGCCCAGCAAACCAAUCUGCCAAAUUUCAAUGUGCAAACAUGAAAAGGGGGAAAGCCCCUACAUUUGACCCUCUGUAAUUUUCCAGAAACCCAUAAAACCUGUACAUUGGGGGCACUGUUGUUCCCUCCGAGACAUUUCUAAAUACAAAUAUGUGUAUUUUAUUUUAUUAAAAUCUAACAGUAUUAUGACAUUCACAGUUAAAAUGCCACACAGAACUUGAAAAAGAAAAAAAAUUCUUAAUUUUCAUCCUUUUUUUUUUUAGAUUUUAUUUAUAUUAAAUUGUUUCAUAUAUAAAUAUUUGAUAUGAAAUGAAAGCCCUGUGUCUCUGGAACAAAAUAUAUUGUAUUAGGCAUAUUAGGGAGUUUACCAAAUAUGUAUAUUUGUUCUCUUAUGAUAUUAAUUAAGAUCCACAAUUUUCAGCAUUGUAUGCUAAUUACAAUGUACCUGGCACCUGAACUCAAAGUGCCUUGUACAAGUUCACAUUAAAAUCAUCUCUAAUGAUGAUCUCUCUCUGAGUCUGGGCUACAGAUUGCUCAUUAGAUUCUUGAUAUUUCAAGACUUGUGCCAUGACAAAGUAUUGUGUCUUCUCUUACGUAUAAGAGGUUACCUAAGUAUAUAUAUAUUAUUUUAUAGUUAAAGCUUCCAAGCCCCACAUUGGGCGCCAAUUGUAACCGCGGCUGGUUCCCUUAUUUACCACUAUAACGUCUUAAAGCAUAGACUUUAGCAGGGCUAAUCAUACAGAUAUCUUAGCCAUAAUUUUAUAUAGUUAGUAAGAGAUACUCUAUUUAACAUAUAUAAAUAAUUGAGAAUAAAAUAUAAAAUAAGGAUUGUCUUGGAAGCAAUAAAGUUUUGUCUUUUAGAUAUUUAUUAAAUAAAAAUAUAAAUAUAGACAUAUAGCAGAGUUUAUAAGAUUAAACUAAAUGCUUGCAAAUAUCAUUAAUAGGUUAACAUACCCUUCUGAACAUUUCAUCAUGUCAGCCUCUCUGUCAUUUUAAGAUGGAGCAGCAUCUGUCUCCAAGUCUCUCCUCCCUUUCUUAACAUUUAAAAGUACACCUAUUUAUACCAUAGGUGUCUCCAUUUUAGGGUUACUGUAGUUCAUAUAUGAAAAAUUAACACUUCUUUUACUUUAUUCAUUUUAGGAUCUCCCUUAACCCCUUAAGGACACAUGGCAUGUGUGACAUGUCAUGAUUCCCUUUUAUUCCAGAAGUUUGGUCCUUAAGGGGUUAAAGGACCACUAUAGUGCCAGGAAAACAAAUUAGUUUAUCUAUUGCCCCCACCCUCAGGGUCCCACUCCCGUGGCGCUGAGGGGGGAGAAAGGGGUUAAUAGCUUACCUCUUUUCCAGUGCCGGGCUCCCUCGGCGCUGGAGUCUCUCCUCCCUCUUCUUCUGUCAUCGGCUGAAUGCGCAUGCGCAGCAAGAGCCGCGCACGCAUUAAGCCAAUCUCAUAGGAAAGCAUUCUUGAUGCUUUCCUAUGGACGGCAGCAUCUUCUCAGCGCGGAAGCGCCUCUAGCGGCUGUCAAUGAGACAAGCACUAGAGGCUGGAUUAACCCUAUUGCAAACAUAGCAGUUUCUCUGAAACUGCUAUGUUUACAGCAAAAAGGGUUAAACCUAGAUGGACCAGGCACCCAGACCAGUUCAUUAAACUGAAGUGGUCUGGGUGCCUAUAGUGGUCUUUUAAAGGGUGUAUACGUCAUGGAAAUUUUCCUGACUUAGUUCAAGAUGACAUCUUAAAGUUUGAACAUCCUUAUCUACUUAGUAUAUUGUGUACUGAAAGAAUCGUAGCAUAGCCUUGAAGCUUGUUAAUGCAUUAUUGUUAUUGUAAUUCGUCUGGGACAAAAUGGUGUAAACAUAUUAUGCACUGAGGUUAUUGCUUAAAGAAACAGUUAUGAAAAACAAUAUGUUCCAUCUCUAACACCUUGUCAGUUUGCAAUAUCUCUUAAAGACAAAAUAUACAGUUUAAGAAAUACAACAUUUCAUUCUAAAACUUGUAAUAUUUGCAUUUCCCAUAACAAUAUAUAACGAGUGUGGGUGCACUUAAUAUGAAAGAGGUGAAUUAUGGGUGAACCACAUAUUCCAUGUUUUGUUUACAUUUUGUUUUGAUCACAACUUGUACAUUUGGCUCAGUCCUCAAGGGGUUAAAAUUGAGUUACCUUAUAUUUGUUGACUGUAAACACAAUCUCAUGAACUUAUCAGAAAUACAACUGGAAAAUGAGAAAAUAAAUUAUAAUAUCCUCAGAGGUUUAUAAAAUUAACUAUUCUGUUGUUUGAUCUGUGUGAUAUUUAGUGCAAAAUAAGAUAAUUUCUUUUAAUUUAUUAUAGGAUGGAAAUACUGCUUUCACGCAUGAACUUUGGAGUUAGCCCAUUUGAAGGAAUAACCGGUUUGUGUACGAGAAUAAAAAUGAUAAAAUGGUAAGUUGCCAGUAUCCUACGGCACUUGACGCACUAACUUGUUUCCUCCUUCGUCUCUUCCUGUCAAUCAUUGCUUUAAGCUCUGCCCUUCUCACCUGUCAGUCAGCAUUGAAAGAGAAGGAAAAAAUUAACAAUAUUUCUGUUUCUCCUCCUCAAAUUCUUUGUGCCCUGAAUUGUGAGGUCAAUUUCUAAAUAAUUAAAGAAACCCUACAACCCUCUCAACGCUUUUCAUGGGAACAUACUAGGGUCUCGAAAAAAUAAAAAAAGUGUUGAUUUUCUCCCUUGUUGGACUUUCAUACAGCUAAUGUUAUGACUUCCUACACUUUUAAAAGGAGUGACACUGAGCUAUUGGAACAUCCAGUAGAUACAUUUUGAUUGAGAUUAUUAUUACCUCUACCCACUGGUUGAACCUGCUAUUGUUCUCCACUGCUCUCAAAUAGAGCCAAUAUUGCUGGCUCUCAAAGAGUGAGUUUAACCUGUGUGUGUGUGUGUGUGUGUGUGUAUAUAUUUAUAUUUUAAGCUAUGAGACGUUUUCUCCUUUGGUGAUCCUAGAUCUCAAGUUGUGCACAGAAUUACCCAUCAAAAGGGGUAAUAUUCAUUUUCAAUUUUUUGAUGUGUGUGCUUUCACUUUUUUUCUAUAUUACCCUUAUCCAUUACUUCUGUAAAAACUGUCUCAAUACCCCUUUCCUUUUGUUUAGAUGGUGGGUAUUGCGUAAACUGGUGUAGAGUCAAGUUAAGUGUGGCCAAUAGGGUGUGCAAUUUAACAAACCAGGGUCACUGCUUCUAAUGGCCCAUACCGUGGACAGCAGGGGCUGCAAUUCUGUGGGAAUUUCAAUAGUGCUGACACCUUGAAACAACUGUGCACCAAGUAUAGACAGUGGGGGAGAAAAUGGUAUGCAUUCGGGGGAUUUUGAUUAUCCAACGCGCUUUUUUCCCCCCACAAAUAAACAGUAUCCUUUACAUGUAUACGUACUCUGUUUAGUAGUUGGGAAUGUGCCAUUUGUGUCUGUGCUGACUAACUGCAGCUAUACGUCAAAGCAUGAUAUAGAGCUCACAGUGUUUGCUGAUAUGUAAGGUUUAAAAUGGGUUGCUGCCAUCAAGGUGGCUAGCAUCCAGGCUAGCUUUACUAUUGGUGUAGUGAAUAGGAUGUCUAGCACUUGUUGGUUGUGGGGAGGCAGCUGGAACAACCCAGAUCAGAGCCUCCUCUUCUGGUUGUGAGUGGAUAUUGUACAGUAUGGUAGAGGGAAGCAAUGCCUUAUGGGUGUACUCGGUUUAGAUCCAAACAAAUCGAUAUGAAAGACAAGAGAACAAAAAUAAAAAAUGGAAUAUGGUGCAGUAUGCCACUAUCAUUGGUGAGGUAGAUUAGAGAGAUACACUUACAGUUUUUGGAGCUUUAAUCCUGUUCCAAGUGUUUACACCUGUGUGGUACAAUCCCCGCAUGUGGAUGUACUUGUAGCAUUGAUCUUAUGUUGUCUUUUAUAUUGAUUUGUUUGGAUCUAAACUGAGGACAUCCAUAAGGCGCUGCUUCCCUAUAGCUAUGCUAUUGCCUGAAGCCAAAACACUGGCGGCAGUAACGGAGAUUCCUCUACCAUCAUUCCCAUUUUGGCCAAUACAUUUAUCCAAGGAAAUUCACCGAACAAUUGGGAAUUACCAAUAAUGAGUGAUGUAGCCACAGCUUAGAGUCUUCCUGACUCUUAAUAGGCAUGGGCGUUAUCCUAGGACAAGAGACGUCAUAUGUUUAACGGUAACAGGUCCCUGAUGCAAAUGUUCAGGGAGAGCAAAUUGCUCCACUGUCAGUAAAACAAUCAUAGAUUUGACCAUUUACAAUUAGGUUUGUCAUUGGAAGUUGGUUCCAGUUAUCAGAGAGCUGUGGGGCCAAGCACGUUAGAGUCCCCGACUGUUGGAUUUUCUGUGCCUUGCCAGCCUGAUCCCAUUACAUAGGGAAUUGGACUGGCUUAAGGAUUGCGUGGUGGUUUGCUUCUGGAAUGGGGAAGAGGUGUCUAAAAAAUUAUUAGGGUGAGGAAUAUGAUUGGAAAUCAAAUCAAUGCUCGCAUCACCGGUAAAAAAGUUCAAGAUGGGUUAUAGGUAUCCCCUUUAACUUGGCUACAGAACUUUAAAAGGUGAUCUUAAUCAAGUUGUGGUUAUUCAAUUGCUACACUGGCAAAUGUCAGCAACUUUAUUUAAGUCAUGCCAACUGCUCCUGAUGCUGACUGUCUAACAUUUUCUUUUGCAGGCUGUAUGACAACAGGAUAUCAGAAAGUGGCCUAAUAAACUGGGAAGAGUUUGCAGAGUUUCUUGGGUAAAUAUUUUUGUUUUUGUGUGGCUGUUUAAGCAUAAUGUUGCUUAAUUCACUGGUUCCCGACUCAAUACUUUAGGCACACAAGCAGUCCAGAUUUUGUCUGUAUCCCCGGCGGGGCCAAAUUAAGAAAUAGCCAAUUCCUUGGUGUUUUGAGAUUUUAGAGGCAAAAAUCCAGAAAUCAUUUAAAGAAGAAUUAAAAGUACCACAAUCAGACAACAUUGCUGCCCUGCCUCAUUGACAGGUAGUCCAGCAGUCGCCCUGUAAAAACAGAUCAGUGUUUCUGGGCAACGGGGGUGAUGGACAUGGAAUCACUGUUUUUCUUUGCCAUGGCAGACUGUGUCCUUUUAUUGCUGGAUGUCGCAUAUGUAGCCAACAGUUGGGAAUUGCUGCGACCGUGGUAAGUACCAGGAACUUUGAGUACCACCAACAGUUGACAAGGGCAUUCGGCAACUGAUCGCUGUAGCAUACCGCAGAAAUCGCAAAACUUGGGACAUCUGGGAAGGGUCUUUUGCCAGACACUCUCAGUUGUGAAGAAUCUGGCAAUAGUCGGGUUUUGCCACAAACCGUAAGACCCAACAUUUUAAUGGCUGCUGUAACUGGUAUGUCUACUGUCACUAAGUGCAUUAGUAAUGGUAAUGUACAAGUUAUGGCAGCAAUCCUAAAGGUAUUAAACGGAAGUGAGCGUCAAUUAUAGAGUGGUACAAAACACCGUUAUUUCUCUUCCUGCAAGAUGUGGUCACCCAUGAUGCAUGUGGCUUUCACUUACUCAAUGGCUGCCCAGUUUGAAUUUGUGGCAUGCUUCCUAACUGUUAGAAAAAAUAGGAAGGAAAUUUAGAGGUAUGCCCAGCUGUAACCUUAUUUCCUUACCAAAUGCUAGCCACUUUAUCUAUUGCAAUAGAUUGUUAAAUGGAAACAGAAGAAAUUACCCCUCUUUUUUUUUUUGUAUGUGUAAUAUAAAUAAUAAAAAAAAAAAUCAAUUGAAAUAAUCAAAGCUCCUGUAACAGCACUGUCCAAGCUAACUGCAGGUCCAGGAAGGCCCUAACCAGGAAGAGGCUCCACGUAUCAGGAGCCUCUCAUUAUGUUAAAUGGUGUCUGGUCCAGCAGGGAUUCAUAGAAUUCGUAUGGUAUCCAGCCAACCUUACAUAUCUCAUAAAAUUAGAGGAAUGGUUUUAUAAACGAAUUGCUGCGGCUCUAAGCCAUUCAAAGCUGUAAUCCGGUAAAGGAUACUUUCUGCACCAUACGAUUUACAAUAACAUACCUUUCUAAUCUGGCGUUAUGAGAAGUUGUACGCCAGUCGGAUGGGAUAAAGGGGGCAGGCCAAAGGGUGUCUGCUUCAUACUGGUGUUUCCUGUACCCAGCCAGACUGAAAGGAAGUACUCACUGAGAGAGCACUUUCUGUCAGUCCAGCCGGGUACAGGAGACUGAAUGAAGGUCCACUCUAUUCCAGCAGGAUCGUAGGAUAAUUUCCUUAAUCUGGAAGUAGUGCGCUCUAAGGAGCACAUCGCGUGGCGCCGAGUCCGGUAAGUAUUGUGGUUUUGAGACUCUAUGGACUCUAUCCACUAGUAGCAUUUCCGCUGGAACUCCCGAGACAUACGCGUGCAUUAGGCCUCGAACGUAGACCUGUAGGUCACAUGGAAGCAUGGUCUUCGGGACUACCCGCUAGCGGAGGUUAUUUCUUUGCGCUCUAUCCUCCAAAUCCGCCAUCCACAUUUCCAGAAGCUCUGUUUUGUGCUCAAGAGCCUGCACAUGGUCCGCCAUGUCAUUGUGUGCGGAGGCAAAUUCUUUGCACUUUCUUUCCACGUGGGAUGUCCUUGUGCUAAGAUUCCGGAUCUCUUUAUGCAAUUGGUAGGCUGUAUUUUCCCAUGAUUGUAUGAAUCUCGCUGACAUCACUUCCAGGGCUUGUUCGAAGUAGGUUUUUGUUAGUCCGUCUGAACUUUUGGAGACCAUCCAUAAUUGACAUGUGGGAGCUGGCGUCGAAGUCGUCCGUACCAUCUUGCAUAGUCUCCUGCGCGGCCUCAGAUGCGGUGGGUGGUUUCUGGCCGAACAAAUUGAGCUUUUCAGCUCUGGCAGCACAUUUUGGGGUCAAAUGCUGGGGUUCUGCAAGUGAUAUCUGUGAUAAGUGGAGCCCAUGUGCUGGAGCAAUUAUUUAAGCGGCCAUCUUGCUAGGCGGUCAAUAUUAAUUUUUGUUUGGAGUCUCCUCUGCCUGCAUUACAAUAUGACUGAUUGGAACUAACCUUUUAUUUCUCCUGUUCUUUUCAGAAAUAUCCCACCAAUGAUGCUUCAAAUAAAGGUUUAUGCUCUAAAGGCUGAAUAUAUUAAUCGUUGGCAAGACAUGACUUUCCAAGGUAAAUAUAACCACGUUUUGUCAAACGUUUGUUUACCGUGCGUGUGUUUUCAACCUUGACACUUGCAGGUAUUAAUUAGAGUGCAUCUUCUUGGAAUCUUAGCCAGAUAAGGAACAUUUCUUCUUCGAUGGGAGAAAUAACCACAGAACGUUUCAUGGUCACAUUCCAGUUUAAUUCUUCUGGCUGCAAUAUUAAAUGACUUAUCACUUGGCAGUGUUUGCAGGAAAGUAAUGAAUUUACUACAAUGGAUUUAACAUAACAAAUUUGCUUUAUCUAUGAAGGACUGGAUACAGUGCAAUUGUAUGAUGACUGGUUAAGCAUUAGAAAAUCCCAAUCAGACCAUGUAUAAGUGUUUGGGAAAACGUAAAAAAAAAAAAUAAUCCCCCUAAAAAGCAGUGCCUGCUUCUGAUCUUCGUCAUGAAGUCAUUGGCUGAGAGCGCUAUCUAAGUGUUUUCGUCCAAUGAGUGCAGUGAUAGAUUAAUAUUGCCUUAUUCAGUAGAGACCUUCUUUGUCCGGAGAAGACUGGACGUGGCACCGACACCGGCGGAACCCAGGAAAGUUGACAAACUUUCUGUAGGACAGUGCCGAAUACUCAUGGCACCAUAAUUACUGCAGUGGUGUAGUGGUUAUGGUGCUUGUAGUGUUUCUUAAAUUCUCCCUGAUACUCAUGUUUGGGCUGGGAUAUCUACUAAAAUGUAUCUCUAACUUUAUAUAUCUAUGGUUUCUGAUACUGGCCAUCUAAUGCCCUUUUCAUACUUUUAUACUACCUCUUUUGACUUUGAAUACAUUGUUUUUUUGUUUUUGUUUUCCUUUUGUGCAUUUUUAGAAAUUGUGAAUCACUUACAUUCUGUAAUCAUACCAGCAAUGGAAGCAAAAUUAGAAAUAGCAAAAGCCAAAAAGAAAGACAUUGAAUAUGUAAGUAAAAAUUUACACCCUUUCUGCUACUUGUAGACAUAUUUUACUCUGCCUUCUUCAAGGGAUGUGUUGCCUAUGUUAAUAGCUGUGACUUAUAUUUAAAGGGUUUCUCCAACGUCAAUAACAGAGCAAGCAGUCUAUGUGUGCAGUGUUUCAGCUUAAAACGAUGUACGCAGAGAAAUCUGCAGUUUUGUGCUAGUAGCUUGUUGCAACCCUGGCAUGUGUGACUUAUGCCCCGUUUCCCCUGGACGGGUUGGUUCGGUCUGGUCCGCUAUUUUGAGUGUUUCCAUUAUGAAAUAUAUAACCAAACCCAUACAACCGAACUGCACCAUUCCUGGGCCCCCUUCAGAUGAAGGUCCAUAGGAAAUGGUACGGUAUGGUUAGGCCGAAGCUACUAGCGUCACACUACAGCAUUGAUUGGCGGACAGGAAAACGUCAAUGCUCACGACAAAUUACACGCUAGGUAUUUGGUCUAAACCCCUCAUGCCCCCUGGCGGUCGGACUUGCAGUGGAAACGCAAGACCAUUCCAACCCUUCCAAACUAUACCGAACCAAACCGUUCUGCUCAGUGGAAACGAGGCAUAUGUAGCUUGGAACAGCCUACUGUGAGUUCUGUUCAUUAAUAACAUCUGUUGUUGGCGCACUGACCACAGACGCAGUGAGAUUCUUCACAUUGCAGGCAGCCCCGAGAGUGCAAAGAAAAGAGUUACUUGUGCACCAUCCCAAAUCCCUAUGUAUGUUCUUAGUUUACAAUGGCCAUUAGAUUGUAAGCUCCCCUGCCACGUCAAAGCAAACCUCUUAGGGGGGGUUCUACACUUACAAUUUACAUUGCUUCCUUCAGCUUCAGAGAGGAGUAUUUUUCUAAACCAGUACAUACUUAUUAACCCCCAAUAGGGAACACAUAGGAUGGGUGGCAGCAGUGUAACAUGGCUGAGUGAUACAAAAGCCAGUACACAAAAAGUGCUCAUCUGAGAGCGUGUCUACAAUGUGAGAUAGAGAUGGAUGGAUAAAAGGAUAUAUAAAGAUAGAUGGAUAGAUUGAGAGAGAUGAUAGAUCUCAGGGCCGGUCUUAGGCAAUUAGGCACCCUGUUCGAAAAGUCUUCACGACGCCCUCUCCCCCCCACCAAGUUGCCUGUAGACAGUCACACGCAGGCAAACAGGCAGGCAGUCACACACACGCAGGCAAACAGGCAGGCAGUCACACACACGCAGGCAAACAGGCAGUCACACAUGCAGGCAAACAGUCACACACACACACUUCCAGUGGAGGCAGUUGGUCGUUGGGGAAGUAGAGACUCCUUCCUUCUUACCUCUUCCUGUGCAGCUUCGGGCAGGUAUUAGCCCCGCCUCCGCGAUAAGCCCUGCCCCGCCGCUCGUUCAGCCCCCCUGCUCGAUAUUUUAUUUUUUAAUAGACCUGUUUUAGCUCCCCUGACACCAGCCAUGUGUGUGCUGUGUCGGCCACAUGGUGCCCCCUAGUCCAUGGCGCCCUGUGUGGCCGCACUGCUCGCACACCCCUAAGGCCGGCCCUGAUAGAGAUCUUACUUCACCAUUUCGUGCCAGGAAUCGUGUUUGUUCACAUAUUUUGAUCUUUAGGAAGAUCAUAUGCUGACGGACCUGUGGCCACCAUAAGAUUUGGAACAUAAGCCUACUUAUCCAUUAUGGCGAUUCUGAUAAUUUAUAAACAAAAUAAAGUGUCCGCGCUAUACUUGAAAACCUUAUUUAGGUGAUCACUCUCAAUCUGAAGUAAAACACUUAUAAAUGCGGAUUCAUGGGAAUACUUCCAAUUGCAAUAAAAUAAAAUAAAACAGACCACCGUAAGUGUAGUACUCAAAUAAUCAUAGGGUCCAAUAAAUCUUGGGUGAUGAUCUUUUACAGGGUUAAGAUUAGUCUUGCAGCUAUGUCACAGCAUCUGUAGCUACAUUCUUGCACUGUGGGCUUUUAACAUCAGCAAGUUGUGGUUCUCGUUUCCAAGAUACCAUGAUAUAAACUUUAAAAUACACAGAGGCUUGGCAGCUGUUACCGUCAGUACACACUCCCACCCGAUCUCAGCGCUGAUUAAAUGAAUAUUCAAACGGAGAGGAGGCUGUGGCUGGCAAAAAAGAUGUGCAUCCACCUCUGGCAGCAAGAAGCUGUUCACACUUUGACGCGUUUCGCCCACAAUACUCAAGAUCUUAUAAGUGUUUUACUUCAGAUUGAGAGUGAUCACCUAAAUUACGUUUUCAAGUAUAACACUGACACUUUAUAUUGUUUAUAUAUUAUGUGUAAAGUUUUUAAGGAUCUUUAAAUGUGUAUAGCUGCUGAAUUUACUCACGUUCUUAUUUAUAUUUAGUUUUAUUUACUUUUAAGAUCUGCGCUCUCCUAUUUUGUCUAGAUUCUGAUCGUUUAUGUAGCUUGUAUUUCAAAGGUGCAUUAUAUGCAACAAAGCCAAUGUAAAAUAUUGUGAUUUUGAGAAACUGCAAAGCUAACAUUUUUGUCAAGAACACACCUCUAGAGGCUGUCAGACUGAUGGAUGGUCACUAGAGGCAUUUCCUUAUUGAAGACUUUCCAUUUCUUAAUGUUUUGAGGCUCAGCUGCAUCAAACACAGAUAACUGUGAAUGCAAUGGAGAAGUAUGGAAAUAUCUGCUUGGCUGUGUGUAAUUGCUGUACAUACCCAAUUGCCAUGCACAUUUUUAGUGUUGGUGUUUCUUUAACUGCAAAUGUUCUUGAUGGAAGCUUUGCUGUUCCUGUACACCAUGGUAGAAAAACCAUAUACAGAUGUUUUGCUUCCCUAAAGUGGAACUGUCACUUUCCAAGAUUUUAAUCCUGUUUACUUAUACCUAUAUUUAACAAAUAUGUAUUUGUACAGUGUAGAAAAAAAAAAUGAAUGUAGAAAUCUAAUCUACACCUCUUUAUGCUGCAGCCGGGUGCCUCCAUCUUGGCUCUCUCAUCUGGGAGUCGGCAUAGAGAGAAAAUAAAUAAAACAAUGGCUCUAUUUAUUCUGCCUAUUUACAAUGUGUACCCUGACUGUCCCAGGACUGAACUAGAUUUAAAAUCUAAUUGGCUUAAUCUUUAAUAGAACGUUUAAUGCAAAUGAAGCGUCAUAUGAAAAAGGUUAACAAACGUUAACAUAGGUGAUUUUCCGCUUUAAGAGACGCUUUAGUCACCAAGACCUUUUUAUCUUAACGAAGUGAUCUUGGAGCUUUGACUCGGGUGUAAAUCAUUGCCCUUUCGGAGUUAUGGCAAUGUUUACAUUGCAUCAUGGUGACAGACACUUUCUAUGUUGAGAAAGGAGAAGAUGAUGAUUCUUCAGGUUCUACAUCCUCACGCAUUGUUUGAGGAUGUCGGAUGUUCACGUUGUACAAUGCACGCAGCUCUGAUAUAAGCGUGCCUUCCUUGUUGUGCAAUAACCCAUGGGAGUGGUGUCCAUUCCAAAGUCACUUUUGAGAAGCAUGGAAAUUGGUGCACAUGCGCCUUUUGUCCACAUUACACCAUGUAUCUUGAUGACUGCAAAGGAGGCCGAUCAGACUGCUGCGAGGACUGCUUCUCGACUCUAGAAUAAAAUAAAGUGUUAUUUUCGUUGGAUUUUUAAAUGGAUGGGGGGACUGAAUUCCAAAUGAUCCACAUAUUUUAAAUGAGGGAAAAAAUAUAUGUAUAUUUUCACUGUAUUGUUUUUUUAAAGCCUAAUGAAACUGAUACACCUUUAUGGUGGGUAUUGUGAUUUACAUCGCAUAUCUCUUUAUGAUACAAAGUGCAUCUCCAUGAUGCAAGAAGUAACAGCACAAAAUGUAUUUCAUCUGCUUAAAGAGAUACUCUAGGCAAAACAACCUUAGCUUAAUAAAGCGUUUUUUGUUGUUGUGUAAAUCAGGUCCAUGAAGUCUCAAUGCUCAAUUCUCUGCCAUUUAGGAGAUAAACUUUUGUUUCUGUUUAUGCAGCCCUAGCCACACUUUCCCUGGCUGCGACAUGGCCUGCAUGAAAGAGAAACGGUUUCAUUUUCAAUCCGAUGGGAACAGUACAGUGUGUUUACUUUAGAAGUGUUUAUCACCUUCUUUGUAAAUGUAACUUUAAUCACACAUGAGAGGCUCUAGCAGGCAAUUAACAAAGAAAAUGAUACAAAAUUCUACAUUAAAUACUUAAUAAAGAAAGUUUAAAAAUCAGAUCUUUCGGGGGCGGGGCCUGACAGCCAAGAUGGCCGAUUGCACACACACAGAGCUCCUGUAACAGAGGGCACAAUUAUGCCAAUAUCGACCGAACUAACAAGGCCAGCGGCACACGGUGACCGGAGACUGACACUAGAGAAUACAAGGGACAGAAUGAUACCUGUCUGGCACCAAACCACAGCGGAAAAGCCGACACCGACCAUGCGGCCUAAUUAAGAGCAGAGCCUGGGGGAGGCGGCCGAUCUCCCGGCACGGGACACGCACACAUGAGAGCACUCACCACAGCCCUGUUGCCCCCCCCCUCUGGACCGGCGGGGGAUAUCCCGGUCCUCGCUGGGGACGAUUACCCCCGCAACACAGCUUGAAACCCAACAGACUCGGAGCGCCCCUGGGACCUCCGCUAUGGGAAUACCGAAGGAACCCAGAGAGAUCACCGAAAAGCCUACUGACAGCCAAGCAGACCGCUCUGACUAUGCGGCACGGCUGGACGCUGUCUUUAUAGCAUUCUGGCACAAACUGGAAAAGCAAAUGCAACAAAUGCUGCAGCAAGACAUGGUGCCCGGCCUUCAUGGCACCCACGUGGCAGCUGCAAAAUGGCCGCAGCGAAACAACGGUGCACACGGGACCAGCAGCACCGCCUAACCUUGCAUCGCAGACCGCCAGCUCUGCCGGCUCUGAGGGGGGCGGCACGCCGGAGGGUCAGACGCCGCGCAUCACUCGGACACAAGGCGGCUAAGGAGCCACCCUACCAGCAACCUCGGACUGGAGUGCUGCGUCGAUCAGAGGUAUGGCGCAGCACCCAAGGCUUAACGGGAAAUACAGCCCCACCCGCCUGCACCUCGGUACCGCGGCCUGCGGUACACCUCCUUACGCAGACUUCCCCCGGCUGUCGGGCCCACCUCCCUGGAACGGAGCUCCGACCCCGCUGCCACUAUCACAUCCUGCUUCCCGCGAGGCGGCUGGAUACACCGUAUUGCCGAACGGAACCUUGCCGCCAGACAACGGGCCUCGAGAUCAGGCGUGGGUUGAGGGUCGGGAGUGGACUGGCUGCAUCUGCUUUACACUUCAUCGGGACGCCUGUUGCUUCUACCUGCAUGGCUGACAUGCCUAAAACUGAACUGCUGAGGACUCUUUCUCUUGCAGAUAAGCAAAGUUAUUAGUGAUUUCCUUUAGUACCUUACUGACUCAAAUGCCCAGUAUCCUGGCAGCCAUGAGAGUACGCUGCUUUUAUCCUGGCAACCCAGAUCUGCUAGAUAUGAUCACCCGCAUGACCUGUAUUAGAUAAGCCUGAUCUAAAAUAGAUAUCAGCAUGGCAUGAUAGACUCUAAGUAUGGUACUUAAUGUAAAUGCAGUAUCAGUUUAAGCUAUGAUAUUUGUUAUGUCUACACCCGGGUUACCUUACCAUAACGUGUCCCAUCAAGCGUUAACUCUAAGGCACCUAUCGUAUACUCCUGCACAACCCAAGCCAAUACGUUAGUCUAACUCAGUCUGGACCACCCUUCAUUAUUCAAACAUCCCAAUAAGCUACUGUUCUUCCACAUUAAUACAAUGAGCACCGUUCCUCAUACCACAUACUUAUUACAAUCCCACUUGACAUUUCGCUUAUGUCUAACCACUCUCACCAUUAUUACACUAAACUCGUUAGUGAAUCUAAUUAAGCAGUUAAAAACCUGUACUGGAUGUUGACAUGCAUAGCCUGGCUUGGGCUGCAUAAACAAAAUGAUUUAACUCCUAAAUGGCAGUGAACUGAGCAGUAAGAUUGCAGUGGCAUGAUCUAUACACCAAAACUGCUCAAUUAAGUUAAAGUUGUUUUGGUGCUUAGUGUCCCUCUAAUGCACAAAGGGAAAAAAACACAAUUGUUAAAAUCUAAUUAUCCUUUAUUUAUGGAGGGGGAAUAUGCUUAGUUUCAUCCUUGAAAUGUAUAAGUCAAAUUUUUUUAUAAUCUUUGUUUUUUCAAUAUUUUUCAGGUUUUCGAAAAAAAAAAAGACUAUUUACCCAGUGAAAUAUUCUAUGAAUAUACAGAGAAGAGAUAUGAGAAAGCUGAUUAAAAAUCUGCUGAGUUUUGUUUGAAAUUUAUUUCUUUUUGUUUUAUUGUUUUUAAACAAAAAUCUAUAUUGUGUGCUGGUGCUAAUAUUUAGCAUAAGGCAGAGGGGAUUUUUUUUAAAUUGAAUUAUUCUAAAUUGAUCUGGUUCUCAGGAAAGCAGACAAUAUAUAUAUAUAUGCAAUAAAAUCGGAUACACAUCUGGAAAAUAAUUAAAGCCUGUUUUGACAGAAAUAUUCAUCACUGUCUACAAAAGCUAAAAGUUAAUAUGAUGUAAGCUGUUGAAGGUAAAAUGUAUUUUUAAAAAAUCUAAAUUUUGUUUGUAAUUGAAUCUGUGUCUUUAUUUAAGAUGUACCACUGCUGUAAAUCAAUCUUCUUAAUUGACUUGCAGAAAUAUUACACUGUCU